CUUCACACAUACCAUCUUACACAACACGUGUUGGAAGUACCCGGCUUCUAGCACCACUAGGUUACGUAGCACCACGGCUUUGGUGUUUGGAGAAUUGGUGUUUAAUCUUCAUGACUGAUAUGUUGGAGUCGUUGUUUAUGAGGAAAGAUGUUUCAAAAAGAGUGUUGUUUUGAAUGUGUAAGUGCUGGGUGAGUUCAAACUUUCUCUUCUAAGCACGGCAUGGAAACCUGUUUGCGUUCAUCUUUUAUACAAGAAAUUAGGAAAUGUGCUUGCUUGUGUUAAUUGUGAGUUCAAAUUUGUAUUAAAUUUUUAAUCAAACCAUCUCCAGGGUGAAUCGGCACCCUUGUUAUUUUAAUAUAUAAUAUGCAUUUGUUGUUGUGUAGUUGCGUUUAAUGUUAAAGGUUGGCAAGAUUGUGUAUUGAAUGAAAAAGAAUGUUUAACAAAUAAACUACAUUGAUACCUCGAAGUCAUGUACGUGUGUGUGUCGAGGAUUGCUGAUCUGUCUUGAGACACGAAGUCAUGUUCGUGUGUGUGUGUCGAGGAUUGCUGAACUGUCUUAAGACAAGAGACAGCCAAUAAUCCUUCCUUUAUACUAGAGAUAAGACUUGGUCAUAACAGUGGGGAUAACAUUCCUUGCAUUGUUACCCGGAUAACAACGGGUGACCCUUCGUGUGUACUAUGCAAUAGCGGAAUGUUGCCUAUAAUAUAAUAAACUACAGAUGUCCCACAUCCGGGCCCGAUAUUUUAGAAUAGAGGCGUGUCGGUUUCGGAAAAUAGCCGGCUACAGUGGCUCCAGGUGUCAUCAAUGGGCGUGUCUAUGUACACUUACAUAUCCCAGAGUUGCUAUUGGUUAAAACCAGCAAAAUCUCCCCAAAAUGGAAGAGUUAUCAUGAUCAAAUUUUUCAAUUAUGUCUGAGUUCGGAGCCUUUUAAAAACUCCAUAUAUUUGGUCACAAUUUUAAAAAAAACACAAAUUAUUGACCCAAAUGACGGGACAAUAUCAAUAUUUCUAAAUGCUUGUUUGUUUAUGUAUGAUAAAAAACUAAGGUUUUUUGGAUGUCCGUCUUCUUUACCAUCGGAAUGUUUCCAACAUGACUCCACAGAUGUAUGUUGGGACUGAGAGUCUUUGUUUCUAGCCUGAUGAGAGCUGUGCACACUCUAACACGGCAUACAGCCGCUACACAUGUACACGUCAGACACUCACGAGCUUACACACUGAGGUCAUGUGUAAUGAGAUAAGUAGCUAGAGAGAAAAGACAGUUUCAUCAACCGUGGCUCAGCUGUUCGCUCAGCUGUUCGGUGGGAUGCUCUGAGGGGGUUGAUUUGAAAACGUGGAGUGGGGGGGGGGGCUGGGGGUGGUGAUGGGGAGUUGGGGUGGUGAUGGGGAGUUGGGGUGGAGAUUUGGCCUUGACAAGUUUAAAAAAUUCUUGAGAAUGGCAGGAAGGAAUCUCCCCCGUUGUGUCAAUGUGUCACGUGAUGUGUGGGCCACUUUUCUUGAUCUUCCUCACCGUAAACAUGAUCCUAGUUCUUCUAUUUGUUGAUCUCGACACCUCCGUUGGAUCAUCGUUUAUUGAUCUACAAAAGUUCGAUGGACUAAAAUACCUUUAUCUCCACCAAUGCUACCACGUUAUUAAUGGAAGCCACACCUGCUCGUUAACCUGGCUGCCUAAGUUGUCACACUUGCUCGUUAACCUGGCUGCCUAAGUUGUCACACCUGCUCGUUAACCUGGCUGCCUAAGUUGUCACACUUGCUCGUUAACCUGGCUGCCUAAGUUGUCACACCUGCUCGUUAACCUGGCUGCCGAAGUUGUCACACCUGCUCGUUAACCUGGCUGCCGAAGUUGUCACACUUGCUCGUUAACCUGGCUGCCUAAGUUGUCACACUUGCUCGUUAACCUGGCUGCCUAAGUUGUCACACCUGCUCGUUAACCUGGCUGCCUAAGUUGUCACACCUGCUCGUUAACCUGGCUGCCUAAGUUGUCACACUUGCUCGUUAACCUGGCUGCCUAAGUUGUCACACUUGCUCGUUAACCUGGCUGCCUAAGUUGUCACACUUGCUCGUUAACCUGGCUGCCUAAGUUGUCACACUUGCUCGUUAACCUGGCUGCCUAAGUUGUCACACUUGCUCGUUAACCUGGCUGCCUAAGUUGUCACACUUGCUCGUUAACCUGGCUGCCUAAGUUGUCACACCUGCUCGUUAACCUGGCUGCCUAAGUUGUCACACUUGCUCGUUAACCUGGCUGCCUAAGUUGUCACACUUGCUCGUUAACCUGGCUGCCUAAGUUGUCACACCUGCUCGUUAACCUGGCUGCCUAAGUUGUCACACUUGCUCGUUAACCUGGCUGCCUAAGUUGUGCCAUCCAUAUAGACAUGACUAGGUUCACACCCAUUUAGGCGUGACUAGGUUCACAUCCAUAUAGACGUGACUAAGUUCAUAUCCAUAAAGGCGUGACUAGGUUCACAUCCAUUUAGGCGUGACUAGGUUCAUAUCCAUAUAGACGUGACUAGGUUCAUAUCCAUAUAGGCGUGACUAGGUUGCAUAUCCAUAUAGGCGUGACUAGGUUCACAUCCAUAUAGACGUGACUAGGUUCAUAUCCAUAUAGGCGUGACUAGGUUCACAUCUUGACUGAAUAUAAAAAUAGCAUUAAUGAUUAGAAUUUGAGCGCUUGUACCACAUUGUGUUGUAAACCCAGAGCCUCGUUUUGGUUUUGUUUCAAGUUAAUUUCAUUUUAAAAAUUGAGAAUAAAAAUGGAUAGAAAGGACCACUAAUGAGUGCUUAUUCGAUGUGCUUUCUUGUGGUGAUAUUGUGCCAAAUAUCUCGACGAGUUUUGUGAUAGUGGUAGGUCAGGAUAAGUUUUGUGAUGGUGGUAGGUCAGGAUAAGUUUUGUGAUGGUGGUAGGUCAGGAUAAGUUUUGUGAUGGUGGUAGGUCAGGAUAAGUUUUGUGAUGGUGGUAGGUCAGGAUAAGUUUUGUGAUGGUGGUAGGUCAGGAUAAGUUUUGUGAUGGUGGUAGGUCAGGAUAAGUUUUGUGAUGGUGGUAGGUCAGGAUAAGUUUUGUGAUGGUGGUAGGUCAGGAUAAGUUUUGUGAUGGUGGUAGGUCAGGAUAAGUUUUGUGAUGGUGGUAGGUCAGGAUAAGUUUUGUGAUGGUGGUAGGUCAGGAUAAGUUUUGUGAUGGUGGUAGGUCAGGAUAAGUUUUGUGAUGGUGGUAGGUCAGGAUAAGUUUUGUGAUGGUGGUAGGUCAGGAUAAGUUUUGUGAUGGUGGUAGGUCAGGAUAAGUUUUGUGAUGGUGGUAGGUCAGGAUAAGUUUUGUGAUGGUGGUAGGUCAGGAUAAGUUUUGUGAUGGUGGUAGGUCAGGAUAAGUUUUGUGAUGGUGGUAGGUCAGGAUAAGUUUUGUGAUGGUGGUAGGUCAGGAUAAGUUUUGUGAUGGUGGUAGGUCAGGAUAAGUUUUGUGAUGGUGGUAGGUCAGGAUAAGUUUUGUGAUGGUGGUAGGUCAGGAUAAGUUUUGUGAUGGUGGUAGGUCAGGAUAAGUUUUGUGAUGGUGGUAGGUCAGGAUAAGUUUUGUGAUGGUGGUAGGUCAGGAUAAGUUUUGUGAUGGUGGUAGGUCAGGAUAAGUUUUGUGAUGGUGGUAGGUCAGGAUAAGUUUUGUGAUGGUGGUAGGUCAGGAUAAGUUUUGUGAUGGUGGUAGGUCAGGAUAAGUUUUGUGAUGGUGGUAGGUCAGGAUAAGUUUUGUGAUGGUGGUAGGUCAGGAUAAGUUUUGUGAUGGUGGUAGGUCAGGAUAAGUUUUGUGAUGGUGGUAGGUCAGGAUAAGUUUUGUGAUGGUGGUGAGGGUGAGUUUUGUGAUGGUGGUAGGUCAGGAUGAGUUUUGUGAUGGUGGUGAGGGUGAGUUUUGUGAUGGUGGUAGGUCAGGAUGAGUUUUGUUAGGAUGGUAGGUCAGGAUGAGUUUUGUUAGGAUGGUAGGUCAGGAUGAGUUUUGUUCAACUUCAGUUUUGUUUUAAACGCCAUUUGAAAGCAUCAUGAUGUAGAACUGUGCUGAAACGAUUGAAUACCCAAACAAUGCCGUCUAGGAUUGAGACUAGAUUUGGAGCGGGGAAAGUUCAUCCUUUCAUUCACUCUUUCUAAAAAUUCUUGAUCCGUCCGACAGAGGGCAUCGUGGUCUAAGAAUCUGGGAAAAGGGCAUGGAGUCUUUGCAUGAUUUUUUUUUGUUUUUGUUUUUGUGUUUUUUUUUUUUUUUUUUUUUUUUUUUUUUUUUUUUUUUUUUUUUUUUUGUUUUUUUUUUUUUUUUUUUUUUUUUUUUUUUUUUUUUUUUUUUUUUUUUUUUUUUUUUUUUUUUUUUGUUUUUUUUUGGGCUUUUUUUUGUUGUUGAUAUCAAUCUCACGUUUUCUGAAAUAUUUAUUUUAGAACAUUCUGGUGAACAUAAUAAAAUUGUGGGUUUUUUCGAAAGUAUCACCAUAGCAAUAGCGAAAAUACAGGGAAUCUAAUUGGAGACUAAAUGCAUACCAAGGCAGACACGUCUUGUGUCAAAGAUAGAAAUAAUAAGGCGUUACUAUGGAGGUCACGUGACAUCAAGAAAACAUGUUUACGUUUUUUUUAAAAAGAGUUUAAACAUCUUAGAAUUUUUUUUUUUUAAUUUUCUUUUAUAAUACAUUUACUUGUGGGCUUGUGUGAGUGGCUGUUUAAUUUGGAAGGUGGGUGGGUGGGAGGUUGUGUGGGUGGGAGGUUGCGUGGGUGGGAGGUUGCGUGGUGGGAGGUGGUGUGGGUGGGAGGUGGUGUGGGUGGAGGUGGCGUGGGUGGGAGGUUGUGUGGGUGGGAGGUUGUGGGGGUGGGAGGUUGUGGGGGUGGGAGGUUGUGGGGGUGGGAGAUUGUGGGGGUGGGAGGUUGUGUGGGUGGGAGGUUGUGUGGGUGGGAGGUUGCGUGGGUGAAGGGUUGCAAAAAAGAAAUUGGGGUGGGGUGGAAGAGCCUCUUUGUCUGAAAAGUAAUCUCAUAUUAUUUAUACAAUAGUUUGGUGGUCCCAAUCCCACUUAUCGUGACUCAUGGAAUGAUCAAAGUCUCCGUCUACUGUAAAUGGUCAUCAAUGCUAAUGUCUGGUUUAAAAACAAUUUUAUUUUAUUAAUACCAUUUUAAAAGGUUGGAGAAAGCUGUUCAAACAUCGGAGAAAGCUGUUCAAACAUCGGAGAAAGCUGUUCAAACAUCUAACUCUCAAGUACGUUGAGGUUGGUUACUAAAGUACAUUCAGUUUGGUUACGGUUUCAUUAAAUUUCCGAGCAGUCUCACUUUCAUAAAACUUAAACAUUUAUUGGCAUUCGAACAUGCUGGAUGAUGUUGCUCGAUGUCACACUGUCACACGAGUUACACUGUUAAAGACCCCAAGUGCCACAUGAGUUAUACUUUUACACUCAUAGACAUUGUCCUAUUUUGUUAUAUUCCCAAGGACCUUCUACUAUUUUUUUGUAAUCUUCCCAAGGACCUUCUACUAUUUUUUUUUAAUCUUCCCAAUGACCUUCUACUAUUUUUUUUAAUCUUCCCAAUGACCUUCUACUAUUUUUUUUUAAUCUUCCCAAUGACCUUCUACUAUUUUUUUUAAUCUUCCCAAUGACCUUCUACUAUUUUUUUUUAAUCUUCCCAAUGACCUUCUACUAUUUUUUUUUAAUCUUCCCAAUGACCUUCUACUAUUUUUUUUUAAUCUUCCCAAGGACCUUCUACUAUUUUUUUUAAAUCUUCCCAAUGACCUUCUACUAUUUUUUUUUAAUCUUCCCAAUGACCUUCUACUAUUUUGUUAUAUUGCAAAUGACCUCCUACUACUUUGUUUUAUUCCCAAAGACAUUCUCCUAUUUUGUUAUCUCGGGGACAUUCUACUAAUUAGUUAUGGAGAAUACGGUAUUUUUUUUAAUCUAUCAUCAGUUUUAAAGGCGCCCCCCCCCCCCCCCCAACAACACCCCAGCCCGGCUCCUGGGUGCACGAGUGUCGUACUUUCUAACCAUGACGAACACCAAAAGUAGGUCAAAGUAUUAAAUACACGUGCAGAUCCUAAACCUCUAUGUGGGGGUGAGACAAGAAAAUUUCCCAUCCAAUCUGGCACUAAGGGCCACCUUUGUUAUGAGUAACGCACGGUGUCAGGUAGGUCAGUUGGGGAGAAGGAAGUAGGCUGGAAGCACUGUGGCUGUUUGCAGUGGGGGGGGGGGGAGAUAUACUAUCAACAAAACUAAAACCCACGUUUAAAGUUGGAAUUGUAAUGACGCGGUUCUGGCACUGUCACAAAUGAUGGCCCAGAGAAUGUUUACAAGAGUAAAUAGCAAUGCUUUAAGCCAAGGGUAGCUGUUACCCUGAGAUAUCUUUGUUCAAGUCGACUUGGGAAGGGAGGGGGAAUUCCGGGCGGCGUUUUUGUCUACAUGUGUGGGUGCAGCAUUUUUGUCUACAUAUGUGGGUGCAGCAUUUUUGGCCAAACGGCACGAUUUAUUUCGUGGAAUGGGGUCGGAAAAAGUCUUAGCCCGCCCCAGUUGGCACUUAACCUAUUUACACCACCUACCCCCUCCCAAUGAUUCUAAAGGGAGAAAAUGGACUAUUUAAAUUUUAAAAAAAUAUUGAUCUAUUCAUACUGAGAAUAAAACUAUGAAUAUAAGAAGUAUAAAGUAAUUUGUGAAAAAAUAAAUGAUUAAAGUACGGUACGGAGCAAAAUGAUUUCACGGAAAAUAUUUCUCAAACGUUUCUGUAGAAAUGUUUUUUUUUCAUUAUUUAUAUAUAUUAGAUAUAUCCCGCCAAACAUUGGCGACCGCAAUGCACGAACUUCCCAUCUGCUAACGUUACUUGACAAUAAUAUGAACUCAAGGAAAGAGUUACUCAAGUAAAUUAAGAACUUAAGAAUCCCAAGUUUUGCUACACCCUUUCCCCAUGAUACGUCAUUGCAACCUUUUUAUUACACGCCCUUGAACUAUAUUAAAUAUUAUGAUGUCCCAACCACUUUUAAACGGAAUAUUUUCUCUACUGUGCUUAAAUUGAGACGAUUUCAUUUUCCGAAAAGAAAAUUUACGCCCAAAAUGCAGUUGCGUUUUAUAUAUAUACUAGAAUAAAUGACCCGAUGUUAUCGGGAUAAUAAUGGUAGGUCCUUUGCGAUAAUUUCUAACUGCUAUUGCAAAAACUCAUCUAAAUUCAUAACUUUUAAAAUGUAAUGAUAUUUACGUUUCUAACAUCAUUACGUUUUGAGAAGUCCUUAUCAAAUAUAUAUGAUACGCAUAUCCUACACCCUUUCGCGCUCCUAAACUACUUUCCCCUUCUAAACAUGACCUUAAAUUACCAAGUCUAAAUUAUCACCAAUUAUAUCACUUUUGUCACUAAAGAAGUUAAGUGAGGGAAAAUUACUACGCUAGAGAAAUACUUUAGAUUUACCCCUUUUUUGUGCCUUUGCAUUACAACUGUUUUCUCUCAAAAUUUAAAAAAAAAACUAAUCUUAAAUUUACAACAAAAACUCUAUAUAUAAUAUAAAUAUAUUUUGUAUUACAGGAAUUCGAUAUAUAUUGAUAUCUUCAUCAAAAAUUUAAACAAAUUUUUUGCCAUUUUUUUAACAAAAUUAUACAUUAUCAGAUAUCAUAAAACAAAGAAUUAUUUUAUCUAAGAAGAAUCUCGCAACUGUUUUCAUGCCUAUAUCAGAUUUGACUGUCUUUAAAAAAAAAAUUAAAUUGUUAAUCUCAUAAAAAUACACACCUCUUUACUUUUUGCAAAGUAACAACAAAAAUUUAUGUUCAUUUAAAAAAAAAAAAGAAAAUAUUAACCCAUCUUCAUUUGUCAAAAUUUAAUUUUCAAGUGUGUAAAAUGAUUGGGUUUUGAUAUUCCUGGAUAUACUUAUAUAAACGUUCCCAAGAUUUGUUAACGUUAUUGAUUUUAUUAAUUGGUAAACACAUGUUUAUUUGAAAAAAGAGAAUUUAACAUCCUUUUUUUCACAAAUUUAAUACCAUAGGAUUUAAAUAUACUGUCACCCACGUAAAAAUGUACAGAUCCUAUUUCCUACCACCGAUAUGUAUGUACCCAAGAAGGUUAAUUAUUUAUCAAAUUAAUUCCUUUACUUUGAGACGUUUCUUGUGUUGCCUGGAACAAAGUGACCAACCCCUCCCCUCCCCCCCCCCAGAUUUAAAUAAAUUUAGAAUAUCUUCCACCUUCCAUACCCAAACUAACAUAUUUUGCACUUCAUAUGUUUCGAUCUUAUUUGUAUGAGGUAGGCCUAAACGUGGAUAAGUAAAUGCUAUUUAGCUAUAGAGUUGGGCUGCACUGAUUGACUUAAACCGCAUUUUCUUAUUAGAAUUAUGUUUAAAGGUUAGUUUUUAUUACGUUAUAAAUUUAAUAAAAGUAUAUUUUUGGAAUAAAAAAAGGCAAAACUUGAUAAAAGCAAAAAUGUGUGUGUGUGUGUUUUAUUAACAGUUUAAAUGCAAUCAAUUGUAUUUAUUAAUUUUACUUUUAAGAAGGGAAAAUGCAUUAUCAGUUUUGUCCCUCGCAGUUAUUAAAUUUAAAGAAACCUAAGAGUUUUGACGAAAUAGGCUAUUCGCACUAUGACGGUAUUUGUGUGAUUAUUUAGAACAUAUUAAUUUUAAUUUUACUUUGCAAUAUUAACAACACACUAAAAGACGCACUAAAAACACAGUUGCUUGAGUUUUCCCGAUAAAUGUGAUUACGGCGCAAUUUUUUGAUCAUGAUUAUUUUAUAAAAUGCCUAAAAUAGUUCAUUAGUUGAUAUUUUAAAUUUAUUUGUAAUUUAUAAUGAUUUAGCUUUAACUUUUAAUAAAAUAAAAGCGGGUUUAAAAUAUUUUUUGCGCAUUUAAAUUUAUUCGAUUUCCGUAAAAUAAUAGAAAAUAACUAUGAUUGUUUUUAAUAAUCCGAAAGUAAUUAAAUCGUUUAGGUUCUUUGGCGUUGUAUCACUUUAGCUCAUUCUUAUAAUAUAAAUAUUAUUUAGUGCAGUUAUCGGGAAUUAUAUUUUGCGCGCUAUUGAUGUCAUUAUUGAACCAUACUUUCUUUCAAACAUUUAGAAUUAUUUGUAAUAUACUCUCGAUACCAAAUUCGCAGAUUAGGAAGCAGUCCACGGGUCACACCAGAAGCGUAAUCUAUAAAAGAGAUAUAUGAAGUCAGAAAAUUUGGCUUCUGUUUUAUUAUCGAUUUCCCGUGCUGAACUGUACAGGCGAAACUGAGUUGUUGACACCAGGGAUUUGGGUCGGAGCUUGAAGUUGAAGCUCAGAGCUCUUGAGCAGCGUCUUUUUGCCCGGAGCUAAAGCGCAGUUGGAGCCGGUAACAUUUCUAUGUUGCCCCAACCCUCCAACAGUGUUGCUUUCCCGUCUAUUCUACGAUCUAUGUUGCCCCACUCUUUUACCAGCUUUGCUGAUGGUGCAUGCAUGUCUGAUGUCUGGCUCAUAAGAAGUUGUUAGUGACAAGAAUUCAACAAAAUAUUUCUCUUUAACACUUAACAACCCUUUAAUAACCGCUUAACAACCCCUUAACAACCGCUUAACCCGAGCUCGGAGUGGAGGUGCACCGGAGCUAAGAAGUUUAGUCAUGAGCGAGGCCCAGGCCCAAAAACGCGUCUGCACCAAAUCCCUCGCUGACACAGUGUGGUGUGUCACGACUAUUGCACUAAAUCCCUCGCUGACACAGUGUGGUGUGUCACGACUAUUGCACUAAAUCCCUCGCUGACACAGUGUGGUGUGUCACGACUAUUGCACUAAAUCCCUCGCUGACACAGUGUGGUGUGUCACGACUAUUGCACUAAAUCCCUCGCUGACACAGUGUGGUGUGUCACGAUUAUUGCCCUAAAUCCCUCGCUGACACAGUGUGGUGUGUCACGACUAUUGCACUAAAUCCCUCGCUGACACAGUGUGGUGUGUCACGACUAUUGCACUAAAUCCCUGGCUGACACAGUGUUUGUGUCAUGACUAUUGCACUCAAUCCCUGGGUGACACAGUGUUUUGUGUCACGACUAUUCCACCAAAUCCCUGGCUGACACAGUGUGUUGUGUCAUGACUAUUGAUCCAAAUCCCUGGCUGACACAUUGGGGUGUGUCAUGACUAUUGCUCCAAAUCCCUGGCUGACACAGUGUGCUGUGUCAUGACUAUUGUACCAAAUCCCUGGCUGUCACAGUUUUUUGUGUUCUGACUAUGGCACCAAAUCCUUUGCUGACACAGUGUGGUGUGUCAUGACUAUUGCUUCAAAUCCCUCGCUGACACAGUGUGUUGUGUCAUGACUAUUGCACCAAAUCCUUUGCUGACACAGUGUGGUGUGUCAUGACUAUUGCAUCAAAUUCCUGGCUGACACAGUGUGUUGUGUCAUGACUAUUGAUCCAAAUCCCUGGCUGACACAGUGGGGUGUGUCAUGACUAUUGUACCAAAUCCAUGGCUGACACAGUGUGGUGUGUCACGACUAUUGCACUAAAUCCCUCGCUGACACAGUGUGGUGUGUCACGACUAUUGCACUAAAUCCCCGGCUGACACAGUGGGGUGUGUCAUGAAUAUUGCUCCAAAUCCCUGGCUGACACAGUGUUUUGUGUCGUGACUAUUGCUCCAAAUCCCUGGCUGUCACAGUGUGUUGUGUCGUGACUAUUGCUCCAAAUCCCUGGCUGACACAGUGUGUUGUGUCGUGACUAUUGCCCCAAAUCCCUGGCUGACAGUGUUUUGUGUCCUCACUAUGGCACCAAAUCCCUGGCUGACACAGUUUGUUCUGUCCUGACUAUGGCACCAAAUCCCUGGCUGACACAGUGUGCUGUUUCGUGACUAUUGCUCCAAAGCCCUGGCUGACACAGUGCGCUGUUUCGUGACUAUUGCUCCAAAGCCCUGGCUAACACAGUGCCUGGUGUCGUGACUAUUGCUCCAAAGCCCUGGCUGACAUAGUGCGCUGUGUCGUGACUAUUGCUCCAAAGCCCAGGCUGACACAGUGUGCUGUGUCAUGACUAUUGCAAAGUUUGUUUGAGAAAAAAGAGUGAUGUCAUUAAAGUCACUUUGACUCGGCUUUCUUUUUUUUCAUUUUUAAGCAAUUGUUAUUUAAAAAUUAAAUAGUACUUAGUUUUUCUAUCAUCUAAAGAUUCAAUUAUAAUAAUAAAACCCAGAAAAUAAUUUAUAUUUAAUAUAUAUAUAUUUGUGUGUGUGUGCGUGCAUUCGUGCGUGUGUGCGUGUGUGUGUGUGUGUGUGUUUAAACGCCCUUAAAAGUGUAAACUAAUUCUUAAAUUUAUAGAUGAAUCGCGAAAAUAAAAUCUAUGAAGAAACUAUUUUUCAAAAAGUAUUUUUAAUUUUUAUUUUAAUUUAAGUUUCUUCUACAAUUAAUUCGAAUAUUUUUUUUACCUCACAGAUUGUCUUACAAACUUUCUGUACAGACAUUAGAAAUCCUGUAGCCGGUAUUAAUUUUAAGUGGGUGUGUGGAAGAAAGAAAAACGUUUGCUAGCCCAGAUCAAAUACUGAAGACUUAUGUAAGAAAGUUUCUAUAUGCUUUUAGAACAGGGUAUAACAUUACUACUGUACUUAUGGGACCUUCCAACUCAAUCAGUGAUUAAUGACAUACGUACGAGGGGCACAAACUCCGCGGCAGCUCACAUCAUUCAUUUUUAAUGGUUCGUCUCGUUUUAAGAGCCGUGCUUUUAAUAUUACUUGAUGGAUCCCCCAACCUUCAAACACACACACACACACACACACACACACACACACACACAGUGUCACACAGAAACAAGUAUUCCGUAUUUAAUUUAAACCAAACAAUCUUACAGCGUCAAGAGUUUUUUCAAGAGUCACAUUUUAUUUAGAAUAUUAAAAUGUACAGAUAAGUUUUAGGGAAAUUGUAAGAUUUUUUAAAUGUAUUUGUCAUAUUCGUUGUUUAUUUCAAUUAUUUGACUUUAUUGACAAGAAUUUCUCUACCAAUGAAGAUUAAGUUGAUUCCUUUGGACGUCUUCAUGAGAUGCGGUAUCAGAAUACAAGAGAGCUCCCCUAGUUCACCGUAAAACUAAUUACACUUUGUUGUUUUUUGAGUGCGGAUAGCUUUAGGCAACAACCCUUUUGGGUGUGACAGUAGUUAGAUGUGUAUAACAGUGGUUGGAUGUGUAUGACUGGUUGAAUGUAUAGCAUUGGUUGGAUGUGUAUGACUGGUUGAAUGUGUAUGACAUUGGUUGAAUGGGAAUGAUAUUGGUUGGAUGUGUAUACAUUGGUUUACCGAGUGGCCGAAUGGUCUAAACUGAGCAAACCUCAAGUUGGUGGUCUGGUGUUCAAGUCCAGCCAAAGGCCAGUGAAGCAAAAACAUCACCCCGGGUGGAUGAGACUCGUUAUCCUUGGUCGGCAACUCAUCUAAGAGAAGGAAACUCUGAAUUCAAACCCGGAGUUGGAGUCCCGUAAGGCGCAAACAAUGACAAUUCCUGCAACCGAACCCAUCCCUGGUCGUCUUGACGUACAGUCCUGCCACUGGAUAUAGUGGGCUCGGAAGAGAGAGUGAGGUUGACGCUGCGCAACUCUUCCUCACUUUAAACAAAGACACCCGCGCAAGUCAUCAGUCACCAGACGACUCGAUGGUCCUCGUCGAUCCGACGGACGAACAAUAUAUAAAUAUAUAUAUAUAUAUAUAUAUGUUAUACAUUGGUUUAAAAUGUAUGACAGUUGUUGAAUGUCAAUAACAUUUGGUUGGAUGUGUAACAUUGGUUGAAUGUGUAUAACAUUGGUUGAAUGUGUAUAACAUUGGUUGGAUGUGUAUAACAUUGGUUGGAUGUGUAUAACAUUGGUUGAAUGUGUAUAACAUUAGUUGGAUGUGUAUAACAUUAGUUGGAUGUGUAUGACAUUGUUUGGAUGUGUAUAACAUUGUUUGGAUGUGUAUAACAUUAGUUGGAUGUGUAUGACGUUGUUUGGAUGUGUAUAACAUUAGUUGGAUGUGUAUGACAGUGGUUGGAUGUGUAUAACAUUAGUUGGAUGUGUAUGACAUUGUUUGGAUGUGUAUAACAUUAGUUGGAUGUGUAUGACAUUGUUUGGAUGUGUAUAACAUGAGUUGGAUGUGUAUGACAUUGUUUGGAUGUGUAUAACAUGAGUUGGAUGUGUAUGACAUUGUUUGGAUGUGUAUAGCAUUUUUUGGAUGUGUAUAACAUUAGGUGGAUGUGUAUGACAGUGUUUGGAUGUGUAUAACAUUAGUUGGAUGUGUAUGACAUUAGUUGGAUGUGUAUAAAGAUUCUUAAUAUUAAGCAGUUGAAUGGUUUAAUUCACAAAACAACAGAGUAAACAUAUACACAUACAUAUACAUGCAUCAACAUUAAUUAUUGCUUUUAUGCAAAACUAAACUCUUGUUAUUUCAAGUUGUUAGAAACAUUUGCUUGUAAUUAUUUAGUGACAAUUAGUGACCAGUAAGAACUGCAGAACUCAUCACGUGCUGAGUGGUGGUUUGUAUUUUUGUUCCUACAGGUUAUGUCCAAAUUUUACUUAACAAACAUUAUUACUUAAAUGUCCAUUGCUCGGGAUAAGGCGUAGAAACUGAAGCAACUCGUGGCCAGAUGACCAAACUCUCAUGGCCAGAUGACCAACCUCUCAUGGCCAGAUGACCAAACUCUCAUGGCCAGAUGACCAACCUCUCAUGGCCAGAUAACCAACCUCUCAUGGCCAGAUGACCAAACUCUCAUGGCCAGAUGACCAACCUCUCAUGGCCAGAUGACCAACCUCUCAUGGCCAGAUGACCAACCUCUCAUGGCCAGAUGACCAACCUCUCAUGGCCAGAUGACCAACCUCUCAUGGCCAGAUGACCAACCUCUCGUGGCCAGAUGACCAACCUCUCAUGGCCAGAUGACCAACCUCUCGUGGCCAGAUGACCAACCUCUCAUGGCCAGAUAACCAACCUCUCAUGGCCAGAUGGCCAACCUCUCAACUAACCUUAACAUCGUUUUUCUUGUUGUCAUUCAACUGUAGACACUAAAUUUAACGACUAUAAAAUAUAAAAAAACUUUUAGUGGUUCAGUUCAGUUUAAAAUAUGUGUUCAUAAAAUGAAUUUUAUCCGGGAAUCUCCUGUGAAAAUUCGGGAUAAGAAAAACUAAAUUCCCGUUUUCCCGGGAUAAGCAAAAUCCCGGGAGUCGAGGAACCCUCGUUGCUCAUUGGCUAGAUCAUGGGUCAUAACCUUAUCGUUUAGGCAAAACCCAUUUUAGAAACAAUAUCGGCUCAGAAAUUAUUUAGGGAGACGCAAAGAGGGGCGAAUUGUCUAGAGGUUUAUGUUGGCUGUUUGUUUCCAAUCUCAGCGGCGGCUCACCCCAGGGGUCACCUCUUAUCAGCGUGAUUCCCUGCACACAGCAGCCGGCGGUCUUAGCCUUUUUUAAGUCGGCUUGUAGCAGACUCACUCACGAGACAUCCUGUGUGAAAGUGGCCUGUGGUUAAAAAAACAACAACAACAACCAAGAACGCUACUCCAACCCUUAGCCGGUGUUUAAUUCUUUGUUCAGUGUAAGCUUAAAUACUGCUCAACUCUAAAUCUGUCUAAUGUCAGUUCAAGUAAUACUGCUCAACUCUAAAUCUGUCUAAUGUUAGUUCAAGUAAUACUGCUCAACUCUAAAUCUGUCUAAUGUCAGUUCAAGUAAUACUGCUCAACUCUAAAUCUGUCUAAUGUCAGUUCAAGUAAUACUGCUCAAAUUUUAAUCUGUCUAAUAUCAGUUCAAGUAAAACUGCUCAACUCUAAAUCUGUCUAAUGUCAGUUCAAGUAAUACUGCUCAACUCUAAAUGUGUCUAAUAUCAGUUCAAGUAAUACUGCUCAAAUUUUAAUCUGUCUAAUAUCAGUUCAAGUAAAACUGCUCAACUCUAAAUCUGUCUAAUGUCAGUUCAAGUAAUACUGCUCAACUCUAAAUGUGUCUAAUAUCAGUUCAAGUAAUACUGCUCAACUCUAAAUCUGUCUAAUGUCAGUUCAAGUAAUACUGCUUAUCUCUAAAUCCGCCUAAUUUUAGUUCAAGUAAUACUGCGUAUGAGAUAACAGUAGGCCUUAAAAGUAAACAUUUAACUAUAAUUGUGCCCUACUUCAAGCCUGAAGUUGUUAUCUGCCAUACUUCAAGCCUGAAUUUGUUAUCUGCCCUACUUUAAGCAUGAAAUUGUUAUCUGCCCUACUUCAAGGCUGAAGUUGUUAUAUGUCCUACUUCAAGCCUGAAGUUGUUAUCGAAUUGAAAAGCAAAAUGGCCGGCUGAUGUUUUGAAAGGAUGUUAAAUAUUCCAAGAAAGAUAUAUCGUAUAAUUAGAAGGAUUUCUUUACUGCUGACACAAGACUUGUUUUAACUUUCAGCCUUUACCCAUAUACUCACACCACAUUCCCAUACCACAUUCCCACACCAGAUACCAACACCACAUAAACACACCACCUACCCACACCAGAUACCCACACAACAUUUCCCACACCAGAUACCCACACCACCUACCCACACCACCUACCCACACCACCUACCCACACCACCUACCCACACCACUUACCCAAAUCGCAUUCCCACACCUCAUAACCACACCAUAUAACCACACCACCUACCCACACCACAUUCCCACACCAUAUACCACGCCAGAUACCCACGCCAGAUAUCCACACCACAUAUCCACACCACAUACCCACACCAUAUACCCACAGCAUAUGCCCACAAAAGAUACCUCCACCAUAUACCGACACCACUUACCAACACUAUAUACCACAACAUAUACCCAAACCACAUACCCACACCAUAUACCCACACCAUGUACCCACACCAGAUAGCCACACCACAUAUAUACACCAUAUACCCACACCAUACACCUACACUAUAUACCCACACCAUAUACCCACACCAUAUACCCACACCACUUACCCACACCAUAUACCCAAACCCCAUACCCACACCAUUUACCCACACCACUUACCCACACCAUAUACCCACACCAUAUACCCACACCAUGUUCCCACAUAUACCCGCACCACAUACCUACAACACUUCCCCACAUCACAUACGACCCCAAACACAAACUCAAACAACAGCACACAAAAGCAUCCAUCAACAUCAACUCAUGUUUUCAACGUUAUCAACUAGAUGUAUUCCCAGAAAACGUCUUCGUCCCAUUCUGUCUGAGGAUUCUGUCUGAGGAUUCUGUCUGAGGAUUCUGUCUGAGCGAUGAAAAUAUGUAUUGUUGUUCUGCGUCUAAAUAAAGAAUAUUCACAAGACUAUGACUGUAGAAGACGACAAGUCAAACACCUUGAGGGACAUUAACGUUGUCCAAGGACUCAGUUGUCCAAGUACUCAGUACUGCAGUUGUUCAAGUACUCACUACUUCAGUUUUCCAACUACUCAGUUGUCCAAGUACUCAUUACUUCAGUUAUCCAAGUACUCACUACUGCAGUUGUCCAAGUACUCACUACUGCAGUUGUCCAAGUACUCACUACUGCAGUUGUCCAAGUACUCAUUACUUCAGUUAUCCAAGUACUCACUAUUGCAGUUGUCCAAGUACUCAUUAUUUCAGUUAUCCAAGUACUCACUACUGCAGUUGUCCAAGUACUCACUACUGCAGUUGUCCAAGUACUCACUACUGCAGUUGUAAAAGUACUCAGUACUGCAGUUGUCCAAGUACUCACUACUGCAGUUGUAAAAGUACUCAGUACUGCAGUUGUCCAAGUACUCAGUACUUCAGUUGUCUAAGUACGCAGCACAACAUGACAAGCCAAUGGGGCGACUGGUUGAGCGGAAGCUGCCCUAUUAGUUCAUUUCGUUCGUGGAACCAUGACAUCGCUGCCAUCGUCCGGACUGUGUGCUUGUUGCUGUGUCAGGAUGAAACCUCUUCAUUUUGGAUCUCUACAUACAUUGAAGUUCACUGUAAUGCUUUGAUGUCUAGUCUUCCAUCAAUGUCCACCUCUUUUGGCUGUAUGCGUCAGUGUCCAACUGUUUUUUGUAUGAAUACUUCAAUUCAUAGUAGUAUCUGUUAUGAAAAGGAUGGCUUAUUACUAAUGGUGACAUCUAAGUACUUAUAUGCCUCUACUUUUUCUACAGUUUGAUUUUUUAAUGGUGAGAUCAGUAAUCUGGUGUUUCCCCCUUCUGAAAUCAACAACCAUUUCCUUUGUUUUUGAGACAUUCAGCUGGAGAGAAUUUUUGGUUGUCUACUUCAAUGUCCACCUGUUUUGGUUGUAUACUUCAAUUUCCACCUGUUUUGGUUGUAUACUUCAAUUUCCACCUGUUUUGGUUGUAUACUCCAAUGUCCACCUGUUUUGGUUGUAUGCUUCAAUGUCCACCUGUUUUGGUUGUAUGCUUCAAUUCCCACCUGUUUUGGUUGUAUGCUUCAAUGUCCACCUGUUUUGGUUGUAUACUUCAAUGUCCACCUGUUUUGGUUGUAUACUUCAAUGUCCACCUGUUUUGGUUGUAUACUUCAAUGUCCACCUGUUUUGGUUGUAUACUUCAAUGUCCACCUGUUUUGGUUGUAUACUUCAAUGCCCACCUGUUUUGGUUGUAUACUUCAAUGCCCACCUGUUUUGGUUGUAUACUUCAAUGCCCACCUGUUUUGGUUGUAUACUUCAAUGCCCACCUGUUUUGGUUUAAUACUUCAAUUUCCACCUGUUUUGGUUGUAUGCUUCAAUGCCCACCUGUUUUGGCUGAAAAUGUCACCAAGUACUAGUUUGACGUCCAAUUGUAUGUGCGCUAACAUCCUUUCACGGAGUAUUUUCGUAUCACCAUUGCUGAGCCAAACUUCUCUGGAGACGUAGGACCAAUUAACAGUUAUCGGAGUCUACAGCAUCCCGUGUUUCCUCGCCGUGGCGUCCCCAGAGAUAAGGACUGGUCUUGUAGUGUAAGUAAGAGGUCGUCGCAGUAAGCUGAGCCAAUCGUGGGCUCUCUCGUCAUGAUAGGCGCUGGCGCAGGGGAGCGUAAAUCACAGGGCUACGUAGGAGAACAAGGCGCAUCUUAGCGUCAGGUAUACGGACCUCAAUGAGGGGCGCUGACGGGAAGCUAGACUAGGGCGCCUCGCACAUUUAUGUCUCCAACAAAAAAAAAAAAAAAAAUGCUGAGUAUGGUAAUUACCAUCCUGAUGUCAAAGACGAGUUGGGGAGGGGUGUCUUAGCAGCUCUCAACAAAUGGCGAUUCCUAUUGUUGCUUAGAUGUUUGCUGUUUGGUGACAUAGUUAAUAUCUAUCAGAAGUCACACAACUCUAAAUAUAAACAUGUUACUGCAUAAUUUUGACACGUUGUGGUAAUGGUUGCAAGAUUUUCUUUUUUUUAAGAGAGAGAUUUGUUGACGUGACGCCUCAGUUGCUAUCAUUUUAGAGCGAGUUUAAAAUGGGGGAUUCAUUUUUCAACGAGUAAUGGAUUAUUUUAAAAUGUUAUUUCUAAUGUUUGUUAGUAAACUGAACACUUCAAUUAUAUGGUAACAUCAAUGAUGGCGUAGUACAUCCUAAGAUUGGUAGCCUGAAUGAUUGCGGAGAACAUCCUAAGAUCGGUAGCCUGAAUGAUUUCACUGUACAUCCUAAGAUCGAUAGCCUGAAUGAUUUCGGGUUUAAUGAAACUUAAUUAAUGCGGCCAAUUUAUUUUUUUAAAUUUAAGAACAUUAAUUUUUUUUUUGUUUAUUAAAUUCAGUUUAAAACCCCAGACAUUUUAACAGCAUUUUACCCCAAUGGAUUUCCAAAAAUAAAUAUUUUCUAUUUUGUGACUUCUGAUAGAUUUGUGGUUUCACAGAGACACCUUCUGUCUGUGAGCCUUUCAUCUGUCUGUGAGGCAUUUUUCUGUCUAUGGGGCGUUUUUCUGUAUGGUAGGCUUUCUUUUGAGGAUCAAAUUUGUGUCUUCGUGUAUUAUAUAUUAUUGCUUUGUGUCUUUAUGUAUUAUAUAUUUUUUUAGUUCUUUUAAUUAUUUAACUUUAUAUAUCAGAAUAAUGAAACUCAAUAUAUAUUUUUUUAAUCAAAUAUUUUUUUUUUACUUUGUUUUGGUUAAAAAGUCUUUAACUGUUGUACUCACGACUUACCAAGCAAAUGUCUACAAAAGCGACUUGUCUACUGGUAUAGAAAGAGUACUCAAGGUCACCUCACGCUUGUUCAAAUAAUAGAAAACACCUCGCCUAUUUGAGACUUUUAUGUCGCAUGACACUUCUGCCAAUUUAAGAAUGUGUGUUAACAAAAAUCUUUAAUAUUGGAAAAAUGUAUAAAAGAAAUCAUUUUCGGAGAGAGAAGAGCCACUGGAUUGUUUCCCGCCAUUUCCAUUUCAAUAUAGUUUGGGAUUGUCCUAGUUUGGCAAAGUAAAAAUGGAGUGGAUGACGUCAUCGUGAAUUGAGGGAGGUAUGGGUGGGGGGGGGGGUGAUUAUUGUAAAAGUAAACAAAAUAUUUUAAGAAUUAUUUUAUUGUGUCGGUUUUAAUUAUCUCUAUUAAACUUACUGGACUCGAGUUUAGAAACACCAAACAUUAUAUUGGAAAUAUUGGAACCAACCCGUUUGGGAAAACAGGCGAUAACCACGGGCAAGCUACUCUGUUUGACACAAAUUUGGACGCGCCCCGUAACAAGACACGCAUGCGAAUAACGGGCACUCUCCUGUUGGUUUAUUUCCUGUCUAGAGUCUCCCUACAUUCUAUAUUUAAACAUCAUCUUCCAUUGCCUACUGGUAUUGUAAGUGUUUACAUUUUAACAUUAAAUAUAUAAAAAAGUAACAAAAUAUCCUUCCCCCCCCCCCUCAAAGAAAACAUAAAACAUGCACAUGAAAUAAACAAAAUUCAUAAAUAAGACCACGCCCCAUUAAGUUUGGAAGAAGAUCAUUAAAAAUAGACCAGGACUGCCUAGAGAUUGAGGUCUGAUGAAUUAAUGGUUACGCUGUGGCUGCUAAGACUGCAGAACAUCAGAGAGGCCCAAGUCACUAAUUACAGGUAAUCACAUUACAUCAACCAUCUGAAGUGGCCCUUGUGCUCGUGGUUGAGGGUCGUUAGCAGCUUGAGUUAGGAGAUGGUCUAAUCUGAUAAUCUUAGCAGCAUGUGUGUAUGGGAGUGUUUGUAUGCGUGUGUAUGUUUUUGCGUGUGUGUUUGUGUGUGUGUUAGUGCGUGUGUUAGUGUGUGUAUGUGUAAAGGAGUUAAAUCCCCGCCAAAAGAUGUCAAGGCCGCAUGGUAAAUGCUGAUAAGUUUGGGGGGGGGGGCGGCUAUGUAACUUAUAGAACCUUUUAAAUGAGUGAAUUAGCAACGUGGGGGGUAGCUCCCCCCAGGGCGGCUGGGAUUUCUGUGGGGGAGGGCGGUAAAAUGAUCAGUUUUUUCUUAGGUGUGCUGUUUGUUGUUUGUUGUUUGCUUGUUGUUGUUUUUUUUAUCAAAAGGUCAUAGGCUAUUUAAUUAGAGUGGCAUUUAUUCACCGAUAAAUGAACACAAAUUGAACACAAACACCAAGCUGUCCAACAUAAAUUGAACACAAACACCAUCCUGUCCAACACAAACACCAUCCUGUCCAACACAAACACCAUCCUGCCCAACACAAACACCAUCCUGCCCAACACAAACACCAUCCUGUCCAACACAAACACCAUCCUGUCCAACACAAACACCAUCCUGCCCAACACAAACACCAUCCUGCCCAACACAAACACCAUCCGGCCCAACACAAACACCAUCCUGCCCAACACAAACACCAUCCUGUCCAACACAAACACCAUCCUGCCCAACACAAACACCAUCCUGUCCAACACAAACACCAUCCUGCCCAACACAAACACCAUCCUGUCCAACACAAACACCAUCCUGUCCAACACAAACUGACUAAUGAAACCACUUUUACAGCCUGUGUUCCCAUUUGUAUUCUUCCAUAGAUCAGCUUUAUAAAUACCAGAAAGCUUACAUAACAAUAUAAGGUUCUACGUGAACUGAUAACUUAGGUUUAGAAUUGAUUGACAUGCCCUGAAUUUAACAAAUUAAAAUAACGUUGCAUUCCAUAUUAAUAAUAUCCACUACUGGGGCCGGAUAUUGUUAUAUAAUGUUAUAUAAUUGAUAUAAUGUUUCAAAGAAUUAUCAAGAUUAUGGAAAGAUCAAUUGGAUCUAGUAAAGAUUUAUAGAUAUUUAUACUUUCUUGGAAUUUCCUGGGGAUCAGUGAAUUUAUUUUUUAUGAGUUUUAUGAACUUUGCAUUUUUUACAUGGGUUCGAAGAUAAAAUAAAUUUCCGUUUAUUUUUUGAUCGAAUACUUCCACAGGUCUAUGGGAUCUUUCUUUAACGUUGGGAAAUCAUAGCUGAAGAUAUUUUUGAAGUUUCUAUAACGUUCAAAAUGAGUGUAAUAGUUACUACAAAUUUAUUUUUAUUACAAUAGCCAAAGGCAUACACGAAAGCUGUGAUUACAGAGUGUAAGCUUCUACUUAAAUUAUUGCAUCUAGACAAGUGGUUCUCAACAUUCCUAAUGCCACGACACUUUGAUACAGUUCCUCAUGUUGUGGUGACCCCAAAAAGAAAAAUAUGUUCGUUGUUACUUCAUACAAAUGUGUUUUCGGAUGGCCUUAGGCGACCCCUAUCUAAGGGUAGUUUGACCGCCCAAAAGGGGUCACGACCCACAGAUUGAGAACCGCUGAUCUAGACCAAAAUUGGUAACAUUACAUGUCACGAUCCCUUUUAAAAUAUCGGUGAAUUUCAUUCAAACUAUAACAUGUACUCCUUUGUUAUAUGUCAGUGGGGCCAGACUAUUAUCACAAAUAAAAGACUUUAUAUUUGGCGUUAUUUCAAUCAUGUUUGUUGUAAAAUAUUAAAUUAAAGCUAUGUCCUUUUGGCAACGUCUUUGAAAAACAUUCAACAGAUUUUAAAGAAAUAAAUUUGAAAAUGUAUCUUUCAUAUUUAUCUGAAUGAUUUUUAUAGAUCCCUUAUCUUGAAACCACUUUUAAAAAUGGCACUAGUUCGCUAGUUUGCACUUUCCAGGAAUCCUACUGUAAAGGAUUAACGUCUAUAGCUAUGUUGAAUAACUUUUUCUUUUAAGUUAAACAUCUUUAACAAGUUAUUUUAGUCUUUAAAUCAUGGUUUGUUAAUGAAAUGUUCUUGCCACAAAAUUUAAUAUUUACAAUAGUUAAUGAAAAAUCUGGAUAACUUAUAGGAGAAAACUUUAAAUUUUAAUUGAUAAUUGAGCAAAGUUUUUUUGACAGUGCCCUACAUUAACGGGUCCUCCGCUGAGCUUUAGAAGUUUUUUUUCUUUUCGAACUCAAACCCGAGAAACGCCGGGUAUGUUGACUUGUAAUUAAUAAAUCUGGCGCAGGGUCCCUGCUGCAAUGGGGAAUAUGUCAACCGGUGGGCCAAACUUAAAGGUUUGGGAGACGCUGAUCUAGCUAUCUGGUGACGUGGCUCUCACCUUUCAGGAAGGUGAUCUGCGUGUACUCACCGCAUACGGCACACUUGAUGCAAACACUCGUGUAAGUCAGCGACUGCACCACAUGAGCACCAAACCCACAUCUUCCUACAAACAAACCAACUCUAGCAGAAGUGUACUCAAGUUCACGAGCACUCAGGGCAAAGGGGGGGAGGGAGAGGGAGGUCAAUGCGUGUACUGGGGGCGUCAGUCUAACAGUUUAAUAGGUUUACAUUUCUGUGCAGAGAUCCCAGCUGAGGAUGAGCCGAGUGGUAAAACACUUUUGAUAAGUGACUGGGAAUUCUUAUGAUGUCACCAUCUGUAAAUCCCCAUCACGUGAUAGCGGUCCUUCUGUUUUAUCUGAUGUAAUACUAAAACUAUAUACUGAUUUUAUUUUUUAACUUGACAAUCCUAAAUAUUUCACCCCCCCCCCUUUUUUUCUUCGUCAUCAUGUCUUAAAUAGUUUGAAGGAUAUUCAACAUGUUAUGAAAUGUGUCUGUUUAUUACUAGAGGUAGUUUAAUCCAUUGAAUAUACAUGAUGAUGAUUGAUGGUGAUGAUGAUUGAUUACUUGUGUAGCGCUUUGUCCAUGCUAUUUUAACAUGUUCACGGCACUCUGAUGUCAUAAAUUCAUUUUUUUUUAAGGCUUUAAAUAUUUCUUACAUGAAUUUUUUAUCAUUUUUAAUUUCCCAACAAAAAUUGCGGCAAAGUUCCCAAAUUUUGGCGCUAUAGCUUGAGAAAGCGCAUCCACAUUGGGAACUUUCAGGAGUGACUGUUAUGAGGGGUGAGUGCAGCUUCUGUAAUGAUGCAUGUUUAGAGAUCAGUUUUUGAAGAUAUUCAAGUGCAGCGCUUUCCAUACAGCUGUACGCCAGGGACGCAAUUUUGUGGCCAAUGCGCUCACUCACAGAAAGCCAGUGGAGAUCUUUAAGAACUGGGGUGAUGUGGUCAGAUUUCUUUAUCCGCGAUGCAAAGCGUGCUAAAGCAUUUUGUGCCCUCUGGAGUCUCUGACUUUGGUUUUGAGGCAAACGCCACAGAGAGUUUUAAUCUAAUCUUGAUUGGAUUAGACUUACUAUUACGGCAUUUGUUGUUCUCUUAUUAAGUUGAGGACGUAGCUGACCAAGGAAACUUACGUUUCCAGUUUUUGAAUGUUGAUUUUCUGUCAAUAUGUAUUGAUUUAUUUAUUUUUCAAGGUUUCCACCUGACAACUUUUCUUUGUUCUGUUGAUUGACUUUAGGAGCUUUCAUCUUUUUUUUCUCUCUUUCAUAACAUGUUAAAAAUAAUUGCUGAAUUGUCGAUGCUCCGUUGUAAUAUUUUCGAAAGUCUUGAAGGUUGAGGUCAGGGGUCACCAGGCAAAUUAUUAUUGAAAUACAUUUGGUAAUUUAUUGACUUCAGUCAAAUACAGGAUUCCGUAGGAAGGUUUUUUUUUAGGAGUGUUUAAGGUAGGCUUUCAGUUGGCGGUUGCUAAGGGAAAAAUUGAAAGAUGGAAACAAUCUAUGUUUAAUUCUAACAUUUGAAUUCGUGAUUGCUACUUACUUGAUGAGACUCCCGAUACUUGCAUGAUGAGACUUUCGAUACUUGCAUGAUGAGACUCCCGAUACUUGCAUGAUGAGACUUUCGAUACUUGCAUGAUGAGACUUUCGAUACUUGCAUGAUGAGACUUUCGAUACUUGCAUGAUGAGACUCCCGAUACUUGCAUGAUGAGACUUUCGAUACUUGCAUGAUGAGACUUUCGAUACUUGCAUGAUGAGACUCCCGAUACUUGCAUGAUGAGACUUCUGAUACUUGCAUGAUGAGACUUUCGAUACUUGCAUGUUGAGACUUCUGAUACGUGCAUGAUGAGACUUCCGGGCUCGUUCCAGACAUCUUUAUAAUAAUAAAUCAGUUUUUGAAUGAUACUUCUGCACAAUAUACAGAAUUGUCACGAAAAAAAUGUCAACAGUUAAGUGUGAUGAAAGAUGGACUGCGAACAAUCAUUUGUGCAUUUUCAUGGAAUCAGUUUUGUCAAUGCUAUGGUGAUUAUGAGUUUAAUAUAUCUUAAGAUUAAGACACACGUCGAGAAAAGACGAAAAAUAUAAAUGAGAUCUUCCCGUCUUCGAAAGACGAUGCAGUUGCUUGGAUACUUCAUCAAAUGGCUGACUAGGCCGAUCCUGUAAUUGCAUUCUGGGCUGCAUGGUUCGCAGGAGACCCUUGACCCCUGAUUAGACUUCGUCUUUCGUGAUGUUCUUUUUGUUGCAGGGGCGUUUCGCGCAUCUUCUGCCUUUUUUUUACUCAUUUUCCUUGCUUUAAAAAAAAACAAAAACAAAACUCUGCUCCUGCCGAGGUGACGUCACCGGUGCAGCUAUUUGGCCUGGGCAGGGUUUUUAUGGAGACCAGAUGUGCCCAAUGCAGCAGAUCCCCACUCUCCACGCAACCAGUGGAUCCAGAUCCCCACUCUCCACGCAGCCAGUGGAUCCAGAUCCCCACUCUCCACGCAGCCAGUGGAUCCAGAUCCCCACUCUUCACGCAGCCAGUGGAUCCAGAUCACCACUCUCCACGCAGCCAGUGGAUCCAGAUCCCCACUCUCCACGCAGCCAAGUGGCCUGGGCAGGGUUUUUAUGGAGACCAGAUGUGCCCAAUGCAGCAGAUCCCCACUCUCCACGCAUCCAGUGGAUCCAGAUCCCCACUCUCCACGCAGCCAGUGGAUCCAGAUCCCCACUCUCCACGCAGCCAGUGGAUCCAGAUCCCCACUCUUCACGCAGCAAGUGGAUCCAGAUCACCACUCUCCACGCAGCCAGUGGAUCCAGAUCCCCACUCUCCACGCAGCCAGUGGAUCCAGAUCCCCACUCUUCACGCAGCCAGUGGAUCCAGAUUCCCACUCUCCACGCAACCAGUGGAUCCAGAUCCCCAUUCUCCACGCAGCCAGUGGAGCCAAGGGAAUGACAAUUGUCAAUACAACUUGGCACUGACUGCGUCGCAGGAACCGCCGAAAAGGUAUCGGCGUCAGAUCAACUUCGGGACUCCAUCUCCGGAUUUCAGUUUGGUUUUAAUCCCAUAGUCUUACCCUAACUUUCCCGCACAUGAUUUUUUAUAUCUAUAUUGAUAUUCAUUCAAAGCUUUCCCGUUUUUUAUCAAUUUUGGUACACAAAACAUUGCUAGUCAGCCAUCUUGUUGCUAACCGGAAGAAUAUAAUAUAUCAUUAAAUGUAUUAUAGAAAACCAAACUGAUGUGCAAAGGUCACUAGGCUCAAGGCCGAGGAUUAAACAUAAUUUCCGGUAUAUGACUUUAAGUCAUUCAUGAUUGCAGGACUUGCAGGUUACUGGGGCAUUCUAGCGACACUUCGGAACAACGACUCCCUGUUCAUUGUUAUGUUGGUGGUAGACGGGCAUCUGCAGCUCGAGAUGAAUCGUUGGCUUAAAACACUUUUCUUUUAAUAAUUCAAGUAGAGAGGACUAUUUUUUGUUUACAAUACCUAUUCAAACACACACACUUACACACACACACACACACGCAUAUAUAUGUAUAUAAAGAGGGACGUUGAAGUCGUCAUAGACUUAGUGUAAGUCGUCAUAGACUUAGUGUAAGUCGUCAUAGACUUAGUGUAAGUCGUCAUAGGCUUAGUGUAAGUCGUCAUAGACUUAGUGUGAGUCGUCAUAGACUUAGUGUGAGUCGUCAUAGACUUAGUGUGAGUCGUCAUAGACUUAGUGUAAGUCGUCAUAGACUUAGUGUAAGUCGUCAUAGACUUAGUGUAAGUCGUCAUAGACUUAGUGUAAGUCGUCAUAGACUUAGUGUAAGUCGUCAUAGACUUAGUGUAAGUCGUCAUAGACUUAGUGUGAGUCGUCAUAGACUUAGUGUAAGUCGUCAUAGACUUAGUGUGAGUCGUCAUAGACUUAGUGUGAGUCGUCAUAGACUUAGUGUAAGUCGUCAUAGACUUAGUGUAAGUCGUCAUAGACUUAGUGUAAGUCGUCAUAGACUUAGUGUGAGUCGUCAUAGACUUAGUGUGAGUCGUCAUAGACUUAGUGUAAGUCGUCAUAGACUUAGUGUGAGUCGUCAUAGACUUAGUGUGAGUCGUCAUAGACUUAGUGUAAGUCGUCAUAGACUAAGUGUGAGUCGUCAUAGACUUAGUGUAUGUCGUCAUAGACUUAGUGUAAGUCGUUCACCGGUUGUUGUUGUUUUUUUCUCAAAAAAUGACUAAGAUCUUUAUGGCUAGUCCCCCAGCAUCGGUCGCAGAGAAUCUCUCAAGUUUCCAUCAUCCGGUUUUAUGUCUGUGACACUUGUUUACCUUUUUGUUGACCACCGUCAACAUCUGCCAACGACUUUAGUUCGUUUCCAGUAGAUUGGUGUGAGUGAUCCUACAUUCCGAGUCUCACUCUGAGCCCGUGCUGGCACGUUCACGUGAGAACCCCCGGCCGUUUUCCCCCCCCCGUGGCGUGGCCUGAUGAACCAUCCAGCUCUCUGUGGUAGUUAAUUGGUACAAAUUGGUCUCAGGCCGUGAGGUGCUGCCGCUGCUGCUCAUACCAGCGGACUCAUCCCGUCAAGGAAGUCGCCUAUGAUCACCGUGUGCGAGUGUGCAUGUAGCAGGGGUGGCGUGUGAGUCAGGGUGUCGGUGGGGAAGAGGCUGGUAUCUAAACUCAUUGAUGGUUAUGAUGAAGGUAGAUGAAUAAGAUGCAGACCUUUCAACCAUUACCUGGUAACGCUGUGGGCGGACUCUCCUUAACAUUCGCUCACCCACACUCAGGUUGAUUCUGCCACCGCCUGCCACUCAGGUUGAUUCUGCCACCGCCUGCCACUCAGGUUGAUUCUGCCACCGCCUGCCACUCAGGUUGAUUCUGCCACCGCCUGCCACUCAGGUUGAUUCUGCCACCGCCUGCCACUCAGGUUGAUUCUGCCACCGCCUGCCACUCAGGUUGAUACUGGCACUCACUCAGACUAAGGUUGAUACGGGGUACUGACAUUACAAAGUACUUUCAUUUAACUUAAAUUAAUGAUGUUUCAAAAUAUGGGGUACAUUUUAUUUACCAACUUCUCUGCACCCUAAAGAGUUAAAAUGAUGACGUAAUCAUCCAAAAUACCAUAGCAAUAGACUCUAUUGGCUUAAACUCGGGGAUUCUAAAACUAUCUAAGGAUGCGAGUUUUAAGGGAUGUUUUUCAGGGAAGUUAUUUAAAGGAAAGAAUUCCUGGGAAUGUAUUUCAGCGUCUAUACUUUAGGAACUGAGUCACAAUUGACGUCAAAAUUAUAAUUUUCUUAGCUUUGGAUUUAAAGAGUUGGAUCAUUGAAAAGUAAACAUCAAACAGCUGCUGAGGCAAGAUGGUUCUAGGAAGGGUUCAUAUCUAGUUAACACCGCCAUCCUAUUUGGAAUAUCUAGUUUACACCGCAAUCCUGCACUAUAUGCUAUUGUGAAUAUUCAGGUCAAUGUUAUAGGAACAGGUGGCUUUGACGUCAGACAAAUAAAUAGAAUCUGAUGCCAGGUAUAGCAUCAGUUUUAUGCAGGAAAUAAAAAGCUGAUAAUCAGACAGACUUAUGCAGAUAUUAAAACUUUUUCCAAUAGUCAGAAAAUAAAACUCCUUCUGAUCAGACAGUCUGUAAGAUAAUAAAACUAUUUCCAAUCAGACAGUCUUAGGCAUGCACAUAAAUCAUUUGAUCACAAUUUUGCUUAUUUAAUCAGAAACUAUCAACUUCCAUAAUUUUAACAUUAGACAUGAUAUCAACACUUGAUAUAACAUUAACACGUGAUAUAAAAUCAGAAAUUCCACAUAAUAGCAACACUCCUCAUAAUAUCAAAACUUCACAUAAUAUCUUGUACGGUUCCAUCAUUUACAUUUUCCCCAUAUUUGGUGCACUACAAGGGGCCGUAGACAUCGAUGAAUGUUUCAAGCCACCAGUCGGAUAGAACUGUUGGACCCACAAUGAAAUCAUGCACCAAAACCCAUGGGAUGAACCAGGCGAAUGCAACUUGUCAUUUUAGCCUGAUAGAUUCGAACAAAUCGCUGAGUAAUUGGAGAAACGACCCUGUGCUUAGUCUAAGCUGGAUGGAUGAAGGUGAAAGGUGUCGUCCGAUGUACCCGUAGCACAAGCCUCCGGAGACUAGAUCUCCCAUUUAUUACCUGUCUUACAUUACCUCGCGAGACAAGCAAGUUAUCCCCCAGUACUGGCUAUGUAUUACUUCCCGUCUAUUCAACUGUAGAACAAGACAGUUCUCGUAAAUGCUAUACAACCAUGACAAAAAUGUAGUGUAAGAAUCAGUCGGCAAUUGAAAUUUAAAAAAAACAACAAAAAACGAUAUCUAAAAUUGUACUAGCUGCAGACUACAGACUAUUGGUGAUGGAAUGACCUGGUGACCAGACUACAGACUAUUGGUGAUGGAAUGACCUGGUGACCAGCAAAUCUGACAAGAUGGGCAGGCCGGGCAAGUCUAGAUAACUUCUCAGCCAGAGGCGACGCCAUCAAAUUUAACAUGGCGGGUCCCUUGCAGGUCUUAAAAAAUGUUGGCGAGUCCCAAAUAAAUGUAUUACAAAUAAAAUGUAUUUAUUAAGUAAUAUUUAUUAAUCUACUAACUUAACCCAAAGUUUACAUACAUUGUAGAUUACGCUUAAUGAGCAUAUAUACAAUAUUCGUAACUAAUAAAAAUUUACCAGGUCAUUUGCCAGGUCCCAAGUUUUUUUACCAGGUCCUGGGACCCGGCGGGACCUGGUGUAGCGUCGCCACUGUUCUCAGCCAUAUCUGAACCAACUCCUCUCAGCCAUAUCUGAACCAACUCCUCUCAGCCAUAUCUGAACCAACUCCUCUCAGCCAUAUCUGAACCAACUCAUCUCAGCCAUAUCUGAACCAACUCCUCUCAGCCAUAUCUGAACCAACUCCUCUCAGCCAUAUCUGAACCAACUCCUCUCAGCCAUAUCUGAACCAACUCCUCUCAGCCAUAUCUGAACCAACUCCUCUCAGCCAUAUCUGAACCAACUCCUCUNCCCCCCCGAUUGCAGCCUGGUUUAGUUUUUUUCAACCAAACUAGUUGAACGGGUCCUUGUUUCUGUUUCAAGCUAUAUUUAGAUAUCACGUGAUUCACUCCCCCAUAUCUUUAACCACCACACACCACCCUAAUUUGAUCUUAGACCGCUUCAGAAUCCAAGAAAAUAAUCGUCAUCUUUCAGUUCUAAAAAUAGCAUUGACAAGAAAAAAAAAAAAAUGAAAACAAGGACCUCUGAGUUAUGGGUGGUGAAAUGAGCAGGAUGACGCCCAGAUAAUUAUCAUGAUGAGCUGUGUGUGCCUUACAGAAGGAAAGAGAGCGUUCAUUAUACACAUACAAGCUGUAUCAGAGCCUGCUCUCUGACAGGAAGAUAAGUACACAUACAGGCUGUAUCAGAGCCUGGUCUCUGACAGGAAGAUAAGUACACAUACAAGCUGUAUCAGAGCCUGCUCUCUGACAGGAAGAUAAGUACACAUACAAGCUGUAUCAGAGCCUGCUCUCUGACAGGAAGAUAAGUACAGAUACAAGCUGUAACAGAGCCUGCUCUCUGACAGGAAGAUAAGUACACAUACAGGCUGUAUCAGAGCCUGCUCUCUGACAGGAAGAUAAGUACACAUACAAGCUGUAUCAGAGCCUGCUCUCUGACAGGAAGAUAAGUACACAUACAAGCUGUAUCAGAGCCUGCUCUCUGACAGGAAGAUAAGUACACAUACAGGCUGUAUCAGAGCCUGCUCUCUGACAGGAAGAUAUGUACACAUACAAGCUGUAUCAGAGCCUGCUUCUUCCAUUGAAUAAGUCCUGCUCUCCCAGUGGAAGAUAAGUACACAUACAAGCUGUAUCAGAGCCUGCUCUCUGACAGGAAGAUAAGUACACAUACAGGCUGUAUCAGAGCCUGGUCUCUGACAGGAAGAUAAGUACACAUACAAGCUGUAUCAGAGCCUGCUUCUUCCAUUGGAUAAGUCCUGCUCUCCCAGUGGAAGAUAAGUACACAUACAAGCUGUAUCAGAGCCUGCUCUUCCAGUGGAUAAGUCCUGCUCUCCCAGUGGAAGAUAAGUACACACACAAGCUGUAUCAGAGCCUUCGAUCCUAAUGGAAGAUAAGUUCACGCGAACGCUGGUAUCGGAGUAUCAGAGCUUGCUUCUUCCGGUAGAUGAUACGGAAAUUAGUGAUCUUACAAAGAGCAAAUGGUUCAAGCCAACUUAAUCUAUGUAUUACAUUUGUCAAGAUGGCAUUUAAAAUUAUAUUAUAUUGUCGACACUUGUAUCAAUUUAGUUGUUUCAUAUAUUCAAUGAUUUAAAAAUUAUUUAAAUAUUUAAUUUUAUUCGGACUAGAAAUGUUAAAGUGCACAGUUUAAAUUUAAAUUAAGAAAAAUGGUGUAAAACAUAAAUGCCCAAUAAAGGACAUUAUAUCGAUUUGAGCGGUCGGGACCAAACCAUUUUUCCCAAAAACAGAGUUCAAGGUCACUGAGAAAUGUUUUGAAGUUGAAGAUUCUGACCGCAGAUUAUUUCUCGAGUCAGAGCUGGGGCACCAAAUCUGUACUCCGAGCAAAUUUCAUCAGAUCCCCGGUCACAUCCUUAGUAAAAGUUCAGUCUUGAACACUGUGUUGUCAUACAGAAACAUUGUGCUGUCAUACAGAAACACUGUGCUGUCAUACAGAAACACUGUGUUGUCAUACAGAAACACUGUGCUGUCAUACAGAAACACUGUGCUGUCAUACAGAAACACUGUGCUGUCAUACAGAAACAUAGUGAUGUCAUACAGAAACAUUGUGCUGUCAUACAGAAACACUGUGCUGUCAUACAGAAACACUGUGCUGUCAUACAGAAACACUGUGCUGUCAUACAGAAACACUGUGCUGUCAUACAGAAACACUGUGCCGUCUUUCAGGAAAAAUGUGCUGUCAUACAGAAACACUGUGCUGUCAUACAGAAACACUGUGUUGUCAUACAGGAACACUGUGCUGUCAUACAGAAACAAUGUGCUGUCAUACAGAAACAAUGUGCUGUACAAUGUGCUGUCAUACAGAAACAAUGUGCUGUCAUACAGAAACAUUGUGAUAUCAUACAGAAACACUGUGCUGUCAUACAGAAACAUUAUGCUGUCAUACAGAAACACUGUGCUGUCAUACAUAAACACUGUGCUGUCAUACAGAAACACUGUGCUGUCAUAUAGAAACACUGUGCUGUCAUACAGAAGCAUUGUGAUGUCAUACAGAAACACUGUGCUGUCAUACAGAAACACUGUGCAUCAUACAUAAACACUGUGCUGUCAUACAGAAACAUUGUGCUGUCAUACAGAAACACUGUGCUGUCAUACAGAAACAUUGUGCUGUCAUACAGAAACAUUGUGCUGUUAUACAGAAACACUGUGCUGUCAUACAGAAACAUUGUGCUGUCUUUCAGGAAAAAUGUGCUGUCAUACAGAAACAUUGUGCUGUCAUACAGAAACACAGUUCUGUCAUACAGAAACACUGUGCUAUCAUACAGAAAGAUUAUGCUGUCGUACAGAAACAUUGUGCUGUCAUACAGAGUUUAUUUAGAUGUUGCCCAAGUGGGAUGUUUCGUACGGGACAUGAUAUUCUUCUGCAACACGAGGUAAAGCUUUUGGAAAAGAAGGAAGAAUGAGUGAGUGAGUGAGUGAGUGAGAGAGAGAAAGACUUUCUCUGACUUGUCGAAGACUUGUCAUCUUGCAGUCAUGAUCUCUCCAUUUGAUCCCCACUCUGCUGUCAGGUGCACGCCCUUGAGAAUCUGGAGGUCAUCGGGAGAACCGUUCCAUCGCAUGCUCACAAGCGCCAGAAGACAGACUUGAAAAGAAAUAGAGAGCAGACGAUAUCGAGACCUCUUCAGAUGUCACGUGGUCGCUUUGAGAACGGAUCUCAAGCUUGUGGUUCUAAAAGUAACUGCGCGUAAUGAAUUGUGUCUCUAACUACACCUAUCACUGUCUAUACUUAUCUCUAACUACACACGCUUGGCUUGCUUAUAGUUGACUAAUUUCUUUAACUGGAACUGCUGCGGUGCAGGUUGGGAGUUUACUGCCAAAGAAAUCUAUCUCACCGUGUACACGUCUGUGUACAUGUUAUGUCACGUGACUAUGUGCGGUGUUGAAAUAGAUCAUUGAUCUGAACAUAAGUUCAACUUACAGGCUCAGGGGCGGCGCUAGAAAGUAAUACUUCCCUUUACUUCUUUGUUAUUUUAACAGGGAAAUUACAAUAUUAGUAAUUGUGCGAUAAAUGAUUUAAAGAAAAACUAUUUGACAAAUUAGAUUUCAUUAUGUCUCCAAUGUUUGGUUAAAUGAUGACCCAUCCCAUCAUAAAGUAGCACACAUUUAUUGUAAAGGAGUAAACAUUUAUUGUAAAGGAGUAAACAUUUAUUGUAAAGGAGUAAACAUUUAUUGUAAAGGAGUAAACAUUUAUUGUAAAGUAGCACACAUUUAUUGUAAAGUAGCACACAUUUAUUGUAAAGUAGCACACAUUUAUUGUAAAGGAGUAACUGUUAUUGAAUCAUAGUUUAGAGCUUUGCAGACAUCAUCACUCUAUUUGCAGACAUCAUCACUCUAUUGCCAGGCACCGUCAUUCUAUUUGCAGACACCAUCACUCUAUUGCCAGGCACCGUCAUUCUAUUUGCAGACACCAUCACUCUAUUUGCUGUCUCCAUCGCUUUGUUUGCAGACACCACCAUUCUAUUGCCAGGCACCGUCAUUCUAUUUGCAGACACCAUCACUCUAUUUGCUGUCUCCAUCGCUUUGUUUGCAGACCACCAUUCUAUUGCCAGGCACCGUCAUUCUAUUUGCAGACACCAUCACUCUAUUUGCUGUCUCCAUCGCUUUGUUUGCAGACACCACCAUUCUAUUGCCAGGCACCGUCAUUCUAUUUGCAGACAUCAUCACUCUAUUUGCUGUCUCCAUCGCUUUGUUUGCAGACACCAACCAUUCUAUUGCCAGGCACCGUCAUUCUAUUGGCAGACACCAUCACGCUAUUUACAGACACCACCACUCUGUUUCCAGACACCAUCACUCUAUUUCCAGACACCAUCACUCUAUUUCCAGACACCAAUCACUCUAUUUCCAGACCCAUCACUCUAUUUGAGGACACCAUCGCUCUAUUUGCAGACACCACCACUCUAUUUGCAGACACCAUCACUCUAUUUCCACGUUCUAUAUUCACGUUCAAGUCCUUCUCCAAGGUCUCGGCUCUAUGGAGUCAGCUUUAGUGGCUCACCAUCUGUGUUGGAUUAAAAUCCUGCCUGGGAAAUCCGAAAUGUAAGUACCCCCACCCCCCAACACCCAACCCAUACACUCUCCCCCUUUCUGUUUUCAUCUUAAGCCCGCUAGUUCAAAUCUUUGAUAAUCACUGCCCGUUCCAUUCUCUUUGAACUUGAAACUUCAUACAUUACGGUAUCAUUAUGUUAUAACAUUAUCACUCAUGUAUCCAUAUACAAUCGCUCUAUACAUGCACAAUCAUUCUAUCCAUGCACAAGCAUUCUGUCCAUGCACAAUCAUUAUAUCCAUGCACAAUCAUUAUAUCCAUACACAAUCAUUCUAUCCAAACACAAUCAUUUAAUCUAUACAUCGUUAUUCUAUCCAUACACAAUCAUUCAAUCUAUACACAAUCAUUCAAUCCAUACACAAUCAUUCUAUCCAUGCAAAACACACGCAUCUUAAAACGCACACAAAUUCGCAUCCUAAACACAUCAAGUAACACACUCAAGUAACACAUCAAGUAACACAUCAAGUAACACAUCAAGUAACACAUCAAGGAACACAUCAAGAAACACAAAGAAACACAUCAAGAAACACAUUCACAGACACAUCCAGAUAAAAUAUCUUGGAAUAAUUAUAAUUAAAUCUUACACGCAAAAACCCUUGCACUCUCUAAACAACAUGUCUGCAUGUACUCUCUAAACAACAUGUCUGCAUGUACUCUGUAAAAACAUGUCUGUAUGCACUCUCUAAGCAACAUGUCUGUAUGCACACUCUAAACAACAUGUCUGCAUGUACUCUCUAAACAACAUGUCUGCAUGUACUCUCUAAACAACAUGUCUUCAUGUACUCUCUAAACAACAUGUCUGCAUGUACUCUCUAAACAACAUGUCUGCAUGUACUCUCUAAACAUCAUGUCUGCAUGUACUCUCUAAGCAACAUGUCUGCAUGUAUUCUCUAAACAUCAUGUCUGCAUGCACUCUGUAUACAACAUGUCUUCAUCUACUCUGUAAACAACAUGUCUAUAAACUUGUUAAGAUGUAAUUUUGUAAUCAUAUGUUUUCAGAAAUCAUUUGAUAUGCAUAUAAACAAUAUCACGCUUCUCAAACACUUGUGUUUGGCCCACAUGUGGACACAUUUUCCAUUGCACCAGGGCCCGCUCUGGGACUGAUUCAUUAUUGCUCUUUUAAUUUUACCUUAAAUAUGUCAUAAAAUAUUUAGUAAUCCGUUUUGGGCAAUCCGAUAACACUCGAUUAACUAUUACCACUUAAUCUUAGACGUUAAUAUUUAUUUUUAUUUAUUUUUUUUAAUUGUGGGGUAGGGUGGUUUUAAUCUUUUUAAAAAAUGUUGUUUUUUUUGUUUUUUUUAAUAUUUAAAAAAUUCAAAAUAGUUUUUUUACUGUUAUCACAAAAAUUCUGUAGGUAAAGCAACUCACUUUUUUAGUAAACAAAGACUAUUUCAUGAGAAAUGUGAGCAUGAUUUUUAUUAACAAACUAUUAAAAUCUUGGCUCAAUGGUAGACAGUGCGUCCGCGAGGGAGACAGAAUAUCCAUUGUGUUCAUAUCCUUUGUCUCAAUAAUGCUUAAGGACUUGAAGCCAGUUUCGCAGAGGUAAGUUGAAGGAAAUGGUCCCCAUUUGGGUUCACUCCUCAAAGGCGUCCACUGUUGCCAUAGUGAACCAGUUUUAUGCUGAAUCCUGUACAUAGUUGGAUCAUUAUGGCUCACGUUUCAGAGAGAAAGAGAGAGAAGUGAGUGCUAAUUUUAUAUCCACGUAUGACGUACCGAACUCCAAGUACGAUACAUCCGCCAGAUAAGCUUCCUACUCCUCCGGAGUUUACAGGAAGCGUUGCCGCUGUUUCAUCGUCUAGCAGGCGGAAGUGUUCAAGGUCAUUGGGAGGACACAUUUGCCAUCAUAAUUUAGCGGCGGAGGGACUCUCGUGAGCAAAUGGGACACUUCCACUAUUGUUUCUUUGAAAAGUACUACUGUCCUUGAACUCUGUGACCUCGUUUGUGCCGGAAAGGAAUUACAAUUAUUUGUAGAUUAUGGUAAUAUAAAUCUAGCAGGGCUCUCUAGCCAGCAGGAACAUCUCUUCGUAUGCAACAAAAAAUCGUUUCCUUUCUGUAUCAAUUCCAUUGUAGCCUGCUAGAACUCUCUGGUGAGACAUCAGAUUGCUCAGAUGUUUACAGAUGGGUGUCUUACUCUUUCUUUGGAACAAUUAGCUGUGAAACAUGUUUCCGGACAUUUCCUCUACGGAUUGUAUUCUGAAGGUCGGAAAUGUUUUUAUCUGGUCUCGUGGGUCCACAACAGCCUUCACUCCCCAACCACUGCCAGUCUGAGUGGUCCACAACAGCCUUCACUCAACAAUCACUGCCAGUCUCACUGGUCCACAACAGCCUUCUCUCACCAACAACUGCCAGUCUGAGUGGUCCACAACAGCCUUCUCUCACCAACAGCUGCCGGUCUUACUGGUCACAACAGCAUUCACUCAUCAACCUCUGCAAGUCUCACUGGUCACAACAGCAUUCACUCACCAACCGCUGCCAGUCUCACUGGUCACAACAGCCUUCACUCACCAACUGCUGCCGGUCUCACUGGUCCACAACAGUCUUCACUCACCAACCAUUGCCAGUCUCACUGGUCCACCACAGCCUUCACUCACCAACCUCUGCCAGUCUCACUGGUCACAACAGCCUUCUCUCACCAACCGCUGCCAGUUUCACUGGUCCACAACAGCCAACACAGCCCUCACCCAGCGCUGUCUGCUAUCGGCAUACGUAUUCCGACUGACGGUCUGGCACAGGUGGCAUGGGUUCGCUCCCAAUCACCGUUUAUCGUCUCACUGACAGCGGUACUCACCCACUGGCCCGACAUGCUCCGCAGGGCGUCUCCCACACUAGAUACGUCUUGUGAUUGCACGGGGAUGAAACUGAGACGCAUUAGGAAGGGCGUGGUCAAAUGGGGCGUGGACUAAUGGGGCGUGGUAUAAUAUGAUGGAGAGAGGAAAGUACUUGAUUCUAAUAGUUGAAAAAAGAAAGAGCCGGUUGGGGGGGGGGGUAUAACUAAAGACAAGAAUAUUUUUCCAGGGAAUAGAAAAAAUUUUAACAGAAUUAAGAGAGGAAAGUACUUGAUUCUAAUAGUUGAAAAAAGAAAGAGCCGGUUGGGGGGGGGGGGUAUAACUCAAGACCAGGAUACUUUCACCAGGAAUAUGAAAAAUUUUAACAGUAUUUACUCCAGCCUAUGACAUCAAGCAGGUAGUUCUCUGGAGAUGUUGGUCUGGAGAUGUUGGUGAUAUGGAUUAUGUUGUGAUGUUGAUUAUGUUGGGGAUAUGGAUUAUGCUGUGAUGUUGAUUAUGUUGUGAUGUUUAUUAUGUUGUGAUGUUGAUUAUGUUGUUAUGUAGAUUAUGGUGAUGAUAAGCUAACACUUGAGUUAUUUUCACGAAUAUAAACUUUUUAUUUGACCAAACACAUAAAGUGAAUUUAGCAUAUACAAUGCUAAUAGCACAUUUUUACAUAAAGCACUCGAACAAAAUACAAGACCUAAAACACAUAUACAACACAUUUAGCACAUAUAACCUAUCCACCCCUUAAAUCAAAUACAGAGCAUUUAGGAAACUGGGCCCUCCCAAUAGUUUCCCACACAAGUCCUGAACUAUAUUUCCCUGUCACAGCAUAUGUCACAGCAUAUGUCAAAAAUUUUGUGAUGGAUUAUUUUGAAGAGCAUGCUUCAGGGGUCAAAGGCUGCUAACCCAUGACUUACAUGUCAUGAGUACUUGACAUGGUGUUGUUUUUUUUAAAACUAAUUAAUACACAUUGUAAUCACCAAUUUACUUGAGUAGCUUGCUACUACUUUGAGAUCGGUAUUACUUUGUAAGAGAAUGUUGCAUAAGAGCUUGACACUGAGGGACACGCCUUUUGUUGGGUUGUUGGGGUUUUGUGUUUUCAAGUUGAAAGUAUUAAAAUAUCAAUAGAGCAAAAAUUCGACAUCUGUGGUCAAAUAUUUGGCGGGUUAUAUCUAGUCUUUUAUGUUAUCGCCGUCUGUUACUCACGCUCUCACACACACAAACAUACAGGUAUAAACAUACAAGCACACACACACACAUGCACACUUCCGCACACACACGCACACUUCCGCACACGCACAUACACAAACACACACACACACACACACGCACACCAACACACACACACACACGUACACACAAACACACACACACGUAGUCCCGAUAAAUUCAAGCUUACGUGUAUCACUGACAAUACGAUAGACCACAUUCUACAGUGAAUGGCACUGUUCUGUAGUGUCUACAUUUCACGGCAGGACAUAUUCCAGGCUAGGACAUAUUUCGUAGUAGGACAUAUUCAGGUUAUGACAUUUUUCAUAGUAGGACAUAUUCAGGUUAGAACAUUUUUCAUCGUUAGACAUAAUUUAUGGUAGGACAUAUCUCAUAGUAGGACAUAUUCAGGCUAGGACAUAUUUCAUAGUAGGACAUAUUCAGGCUAGGAAAUUUUUCAUAGUUAAACAUAAUUUAUGGUAGGACAUAUCUCAUUGUAGGACAUAUUCAGGCUAGGACAUAUUUCAUAGUAGUACAUAUUCAGGUUAUGACAUUUUUCAUAGUAGGACACAUUCAGGUUAGAACAUUUUUCAUAGUUAGACAUAAUUUAUGGUAGGACAUAUCUCAUAGUAGGACAUAUUCAGGCUAGGACAUAUUUCAUAGUAGGACAUAUUCAGGCUAGGAAAUUUUUCAUAGUUAGACACAAUUUAUGAUAGGACAUAUCAAUAAAUAUUUAAUUGUAGGACAUAUUUCAUGUUAUGAUAAAAUUCAUGAUAGAACAUACAGAGCACGCCACCUGGUGCUAAUCACGUGGCUCAACCUUCAGGAAGCAUCGAUGUCAUGCCAGGCACUUGACGAGCUCGUCACAGCGGGGUGUCGCUUGAUAAGCCAUUGACAGUACACAUCAUGGGACCCAUCAGUCUCACAAAUGUGACCUGACACUUCACAUCAUGGGACCCAUCGGUCUUAUUAGUCUGCCUUGGCGGUAAACAUCAUGGGACCCAUCAGUCUCACAAAUGUGAUCUAACAGCACACAUCAUGGGACCUAUCAGUUUUAUGAGUCGGUCCAGCUAGAUAAUUAGUAUGUUCUACUUGACAGUUGCAUCAUGCUGUAUCAUGCUAUAUCGUGAUAUAUCACGCUGGAUGGAAUUAGCUUUACAAACGGUCAUCAAAUGUCAUCUGUAAACGAUAUAAAAUACUCUAAAUGUGUCAAAUUUAAUUUUGCGCUGUUUUUCAUAUAGAGAAUUUUGGGGAUGUAGAGGUAUCUUACCGAGGCGACGCCUCUGAUCCAAUGAAUUCUGCGGUCAGGGUCCCCAACAUAAUCCAAAUAUAGAUCACUUAGCACAAAUUGUCCGGUGGCGAAACAGUGCCAUCUCGUCUCUACCGUAAUUGUGCCGAUGGCGCCCAGUCGAUGUAAGCAGCAGAGAUGGCCGGUGCUGGCUGGACGUGGCACUUAACUUCAUAUCCAUUAUUGAGAUUGCAUUGACAGCCCCAGUGCCGUCUGCUGGGAGCCAAAUAGAGUUAUCAUCCCUUGGCGUGUUCAGAGAUCAGGAGAACCACUUCACUCCAGGCUUGAGUGAGUUUUAGAGUUUCAGUCAUUAGUGUGUAUGAAGGAGGGUUAUAUACUGUAUCGUGAUUUUUUAAAAGUUAUUUUAAUGUGUGGAAGUGUGCGGGACAUGUUCAUUAAAUAUAGGACAUUAAUGUUUCGAAGUGUGCGGGACAUGUGCAUUAAAUAUAGGACAUUAAUGUUUCGAAGUGCGCGGGACAUGUGCAUUAAAUAUAGGACAUUAAUGUUUCGAAGUGUGCGGGACAUGUGCAUUUAAUAUAAGACAUUAAUGUUUCGAAGUGUGCGGGACAUGUGCAUUUAAUAUAAGACAUUAAUGUUUCGAAGUGCGCGGGACAUGUGCAUUAAAUAUAGGACAUUAAUGUUUCGAAGUGUGCGGGACAUGUGCAUUUAAUAUAGGACAUUAAUGUUUCGAAGUGUGCGGGACAUGUGCAUUUAAUAUAAGACAUUAAUGUUUCGAAGUGUGCGUGACAUGUGCAUUUAAUAUAAGACAUUAAUGUUUCGAAGUGUGCGUGACAUGUGCAUUUAAUAUAAGACAUUAAUGUUUCGAAGUGUGCGGGACAUGUGCAUUUAAUAUAGGACAUUAAUGAACAGGUUAUGUUGUGUUAAUUUUUUAGAUGUGUCAUAAAUAAAGCCAUGCGUCUGUUUGCUGUUGUUCUUUUCAAUCAGCCGUGUCGGUCCACGGCUGGCGAGGCUCGAGUACGGCGCCCUUAGUAUCAAGAGUUUGAGAUGGUGUCUCACUGGCGUACCCCCACCCUCGAACCAUGUUAGCUUCUCAUCUGGAAGCGGGGGGUGGGGGGGGUCUUUUCUUGCUUGUGAGAACACCUCUUUUGAGUUUUAAGUUCACUGAAUCUGGCGUUAAAUAUAAUUCACUGUAUAUGACACAAAUAUGUCAUGUCUAUGUCAUUAACUCUUACUUGUUUUGUCCUGCAAUGUCUGAAAGUAUGAUCAUUUCAGGUCUCCUAAAUCUUUUAAAUCUUAGUGGUUAGACUCCAUCUUGCCAUGAGCAUCCCAUGAACCGUAGGCAACAUGUGACCCAUUGCUCCAUGUCAAGUUCUUUUUAUCUCUAUUAUGUAAGCAAUGCGUACCGUUUCUAUACGAUGGCAUUAAGGUUAAAGGUCAUACCAGAGAGAAGGGACAAGAUGGCGGGGCAACGGGGAAGGGGGUGAAUACGUCAUCGAGGUGUUCAUAUCAUACUUUGACAUUUUUGGGGUCUAAACAAUUAUAUAUUAGUUAUUUCUAUUCUUUUCGAGAGAGCCUUCACAUUUUUCACAUAUAUAUUACGUUGUCUAUGUUUUAAUGCUAUUUAAAGGUUUUUCAAUACCUUCUUGUUUUAUAUUGGGUUGUCUAUGCUUUACUGUUGGAUCCAUAAUUCGAAAACGGGUGCCCAUCACCGACAUGGGACAAGGUCUCCAUUAUGUAACAGUGACAUUGGAAAACAUACUUAGUGGCAGUGUGACAGCUGUCAAUUAUGUAACAGUGACAUUGGAAAACACACUUAGUGGCAGUGUGACAGCUGUCCAUUAUGUAACAGUGACAUUAGAAAACAUACUUAGUGCCAGUGUGAUAGGUGUCCUUUUUGUAAAAGUGACAUUGGAAAACAUACUUAGUGGCAGUGUGACAGCUGUCCAUUAUGUAACAGUGACAUUGGAAAACAUACUUAGUGGCAGUGUGACAGGUGUCCAUUAUGUAACAGUGACAUUGGAAAACAUACUUAGUGGCAGUGUGACAUCUGUCCAUUAUGUAACAGUGACAUUGGAAAACAUACUUAGUGGCAGUGUGACAGCUUUCCAUUAUGUAGCAGUGACAUUGGAAAACAUACUUAGUGGCAAUGUGACAGGUGUCCAUUAUGUAACAGUGACAUUGGAAAACAUACUUAGGGGCAGUGUGACAGCUGUCCAUUAUGUAACAGUGACAUUGGAAAACAUACUUAGUGGCAGUGUGACAGCUGUCCAUUAUGUAACAGUGACAUUAGAAAACAUACUUAGUGCCAGUGUGAUAGGUGUCAAUUAUAUAACAGUGACAUUAGAAAACAUACUUAGUGUCAGCGUGACCAGAAUUCACAGGAGUCGCGCGCAAAAAAUGGUUUCAAGUUUCAAGAAUGACCGCAAAAAAUGGUUUCAAGUUUCAAGAAUGACCGCAAAAAAUGGUUUCAUGUUUCAAGAAUGACCGCAUGGCACAAAUUGGUUUCAAAUUUGAAAAAAAAAAUUAAUUAAAUAAAUUUCAUUGCUUUCCUUGAUGAGAUAUUUUUAUUCUUUAAUAACAUUUUUUGUUUCUUUUAAAACUUGAGACUCGUCCCUCUACUUGGAACUGCACUCCCUAUUUAUACUGGUGCUUCUCAUCAACCUUAUUUAUAAUAGUGCUUUUUAUCAACCUUAUUUUUAUUGUGUUUUUUAUCAACCUUAUAUAUUAUUAUUUGCUUUUUAUCAACCUUAUUUAUAAUAGUGCUUUUUAUCAACCUUUUUAUAAUAGUGCUUUUUAUCAACCUUAUUUAUUAUUAUUUGCUUUUUAUCAACCUUAUUUAUAAUAGUGCUUUUUAUCAACCUUAUUUAUUAUUAUUUGCUUUUUAUCAACCUUAUUGAUAAUAGUGCUUUUUAUCAAACUUAUUUAUUAUUAUUUGCUUUUUAUCAACCUUAUUUAUAAUAGUGCUUUUUAUCAACCUUAUGUAUAAUAGUCCUUUUUAACAACCCUUUUUUAUAAUAGUGCUUUUUAUCAACCUUGUUUAUAAUAGUGCUUUUUAUCAACCUUAUUUAUAAUAGUGCUUUUUAUCAACCUUAUUUAUUAUUAUUUGCUUUUUAUCAACCUUAUUUAUAAUAGUGCUUUUUAUCAACCUUAUUUAUAAUAAUGUAUGGUAAUAAAACGUAUUUAUACUAAUGCUUCAGACGGUGCUUCUCACACCUUUCAGUGUGACGGCCUAGCAUUAUUUUUAACCGUUCAUUGAGAUCAUCCAAAGUGAUGCUGCCGACCAGAUAGAGAACCACUGCUAGAAAAUUACAUGUAGUCAUCUAUUGUGAAAUACUAAGCAAUAUAUAGCAGCUAUUAAAGAAACUGUAGGAUAAUGAGCAGUUGCAUCACAUCAAGCGACGUAUUUCCUGCAAGGCAGCCAGUGGCAGCUUCGUUUCUGAAGUAGUUGCUUUUUACUGUUGUUAAACCUUGUUCUCCAUUUCUCAUCUUACCGACAGGAAGUCCAGGCCUCACAGGGUGCAACCCAUCUCUAUACAGGAAGUCCAGGCCUCACAGGGUGCAACCCAUCUCUAUACAGGAAAUCCAGGUCUCACAGAGUGCAACCCAUCUCUAUACAAGAAAUCUUGGCAUCAUAGAGUGCAACACAUCUCUAUAGACCGGAAGUGGGGUGCCAUUAAUGGCCGCCAAAAAAGUGUUUCGUGAAUGAAUCACGGCUUACGUGGACUUUGACUCUGGUCUUCCCUGAGCUUACGUGGACUUUGACUCUGGUCUUCCCUGAUUUGGUCCUAUAUUACUGGACUGGCCAGGGUCAAAAUGACCUUGAUCUGAAUGACUAAAUCGAUUUGAAACAGGUCAAAAAAGAUGUGACCAUAAUGGAAAGAUAAUUAUUUCUCAUCAACACAUAACUUCCAGGAGAUAUUUUAUUGCCCGCAGAAUAAUGUUGCUGAAAAGUCGAUGGAAAUCAACAACUGAAUUUUUCAGGAUUUGAAUUUGAAUUUUUUUUUUUUUUGUAUCAUCAAUGAUUGUUGAUUUCAAUACAUCGCCUACAUGAGGAUUUUCUGAUCCACUAACCAAAGGAGUGCAAUGCAAGACCAACGUGUCGUCUGUCCACUUGUCCAACCCGUCUCCCGAAGAUUCCCACCAACCGGUCCCUCUGCUUACACGACAAUGCCCACGUGACCUUGAACUUCGGCUGCCCUCGUCGGACUCCCAACAGCCAUGCGGACCAUGCCCAGGCUGUUGUUGCUGCUGUUCGGGAUGUCGGUGGUCACGAUGAUGUUCAUCGCGCGCUGUGGUCUCAACAUGGACAGCCAGCUGCACAACAGCCCACACGGGGGCAUGCCUGUGUCAUCAGGGGGGUCGCCUGGGGAGAAGGCGCUGAGGGAGGUAGGUUGGUUUUGUUUCAUUUGUUUGAAAUUAGAAGUUUCAAGUUUGACUUUUUUUUUAUUCCAGUUUAUUGCUGCCAGUUGUCUUCUAAGGUGAGCAGUACUCUUAGUUGUUUAUGCGCAGUCAAGAAUUCUCUUUUUCGUUUAUGCGUAGUCAAGAAGUCUCUUAGUUAUUCAUGCACAGUCCAGAUUUCUCUUAGUUGUGUAUGUGUAGUCACGAUUUCUCUUAGUCACGUAUGCGAAGACAUAGGAUGAGGAGUAUGAUAUAUCGAUUCUAUGAUUUUUAUCCUUAUGACAAGCUACUUAAACUACUAUUUAAAUAAGACAAUUUUUUAAUUGCAUCUUAAGUCAUCAACUUUAUAUCAUAUACAUGACACAAGUGUUGAAGUUUACGGUCAAGGCUCAACAAAAUUAAAGUCAGGGGUUGAUCUUCUGAUCCCAUGGAGUCCAUCCAAUAUGAUUGACAUGUGGCUUUCUUGGCCCUGAUUUUGGCAAUGAAACAGAUGUUUACAGUACGAGUCUAUAUUAUAAAGUGUCUAAUUCUGGUAGUGUUCGUUGCUGCAUCCAUAUAUUGGCAUCUGUGCAGUGGUUGGGGAAGCGAUGUUGCUAUUAUUAUAGAAAAUAAUUUCCAUGUACCAAGUGGGUGGCCAGUCGCUAAUGAAUGAUUACCCGUGUGAAUUUGGGCGGUAAAUCUCCCCGUAAGCGAGCGGAAUCUCACCUUUCUUCGAUUCCGCUCAGUCCAUUAAUUUGUGUUGAGCCUCAAGGACGCUUCCUCACUUCUCAGGACCCCACACGGCGCUCGAGUUACGCCCGGGCCCCGUAGGCAGUCAACAGUUUGGCACAAGGCAAUAUGGGCCGCUGUGUGUAGAUCUGGUCCGUUUCACCAGUAAUGGGGUGCUACUGCAGGUGGCGCCUCUGGCAGCACGUGGUUAAAUUCACGCAGGUGUCGAGAGUUUGAGCGUUCAAAGAAGCCUGUCUCAGGAAGACUGGCGCACUUCCGGUGAGUCGUUGUAGCAAUGACGUGACGUCAGAAUCGAAUCUCCGUAAAGAUCUCGAAUCGCGUUACUAAUUAACCGGGAGAUUAGUUGGGACGCGUUCCCCCGGAAUGGUCACGUGAUAUUUGGUUUCUGCGUGCGGUCAUGUGAUAUUUGGUGUUCGGAGUGGUCACGGGAUGUUUGAUGUAUCGGGACAUGAUUAGAAUGAAUACACAAGAAUGAUUACACAAGAAUGAUUACACAAGCAUGAUUACACAAGAAUGAUUACACAAGAAUGAUUACACAAGAAUGAUUACACAAGCAUGAUUACACAAGAAUGAUUACACAAGAAUGAUUACACAAGUAUGAUUACACAAAAAAAUGCGUUGCUCCUUGAAACAACUGUGUUGACGUAAACGACAUUGCAUUAUUUUCAACAAAACUUCCAUCGUUAUUAAUCUAUUGUCAUUAAUCGUUCUCCUUAAUCAUUGUCAUUCAUCAUUCUCCUUGAUCAUUGUAACUGAUCACUUAAUGAGUCGUUAGGAAGUUUUCAUCAUAGCACUGGAACGUGUCUCCAAAGUUUAGUCAGGCUUUCUAAUGACCGCACCGAGGUUAUAGACAAUGAUAUCUAUGUAUGGCGUCGUUGGUGUGCUUGUUAUUGAGCAUCGAUACGUCUGUAGCAGUGGUUCUCAUACCGUCCCUUAUUAUAAACGCAUUCUCGGGGCCAUCCCUCCAUGUGCCACUGCCUGGUUAUUAUUUUGUACAUGUUGUAUUAAUUAAUAUAGAUAAAACAUCACCCCUUUUAAAUGAGUGAUAAACAUUUUAUAAACAGCCCCCCCCCGGACACACACACACACAUAUCCACACUGACACUGUCAAGUCUGAAGUCCAACAAACUCUUAUUGUCAGGUCUAACGACCUGCAGACUCCUACGGUCAGGUCUAACGACCUGCAGACUCCUACGGUCAGGUCUAACGACCUGCAGACUCCUACGGUCAGGUCUAACGACCUACAGACUCCUACGGUCAGGUCUAACGACCUGCAGACUCCUACGGUCAGGUCUAAUGCCCUGGAGACAAUGUUCCCUUUAAGCUUCGGGGCCGCGCAGCAAUCUCACAGACGCCGCGCAGCAGUUUUGAGUAACGCGCAGCUAAUUUCCACUCAAGUUUGUGUCUGCAGGCUGUAAAAUUUUGCGCACAAAAAAAUUGAUGCUUUAAAAAUUUGGAGACAACUUUAUGAUUUAGCACACGAACCAACAAACCUUUGAGGGAACAUUUCCUAGAGACCCCUACUGUCAGGUCUAACGUCCUACAGAAACCUACUGUCAGGUCUAACGUUCUACAGAAACCUACUGUCAGGUCUAACGUCCUACAGACCCUUAAUGUCGGGUCUAACGUCCUACAGAAACCUAUUGUCAGGUCUAACGUCCUACAGACCCUUACUGUCAGUCUAACGUCCUAAAGAAACAUAUUGUCAGAUCUAAUGUCCUACAGACCCUUACUGUCAUGUCUAACGUCCUACAGAAACCUAUUGUCAGGUCUAACGUCCUACAGACCAUUACUGUAAUGUCUAACGUCCUACAGUCCAUUACUGUCAGGUCUAACGUCCUACAGACCCCUACUGUCAGGUCUAACGUCUUACAGACCCCUACUGUCAGAUCUAACGUCCUACAGAACCUUACUUUUUGGUCUAACGUCCUACAGUCCCUUACUGUCAGGUCUAACGUCCUACAGACCCCUACUGUCAGGUCUAUGUCCCACAGACCCUUUCUGUCAGGUCUAACGUCCUACAGACCACAAAUGUAAGGUCUAACGUCCUACAGACCCCUACUGACAGGUCCAACGUCUUACAGAUCCCUACUGUCAGGACUUAUGUCCUACAGACCUCUUCUGUCACGACUUAAGUUGUCACAUUAACACUGUCAUCAAACAGACCCUCAAAAUGUCUAUAAAUGGACAUUAGAUAUAUCCAUCACGACACUGAUUUCCUGCAACAACACACCAGAGAGAUUUAUAAUGGAAAACAAAUUAAUUCAGAUUUUUGGCUCAAUAUAACUAAAUAGAAUCAAUCAAAUACCCUCAAACUAUUGAUCCUGAAUUUCUCUGUAUUGUUUUUUCCUUUUUUCUUAAAUUUUAAAUAUCUCCACACAAAAAAAUCUGUUGAGAUCUUAUUUUUCACAGUAAUAAUACAUAAAUUAUUUCACUUCCUGUAAUUUUGGUUUCGGAAAAUCCAACUUCCGGCAAUAACAAUGGCGAUCACUUGAGCUCAUUAGCUCGUUUCUAUUUCUUGUCGUAUCGUCAUUAGUCUUGUCCGCCGAGGAAGGCUCUUGGCCGAAACGUUCUUCUCUUAUUAUCCUGUCUUUCGAUUCAAGCUUCCCCUAUUCUCCCCUUUCCCCUUUCUUUGAACAGAUCCCUAAGCUAACUCUGUCAUCAAAUAUACCCUUAAACCAACUGUAUUCUGUUACCUCUCACCAGGUGAUGAGAAGGAAAGAAGUGGAACACCUCCGUGACAAGUCUGUCCUACAGGAAAAAAUUAAAAGUCUCGAAAGUCAGCUGUCAAAGGUGAGUGACAGGCGGUUCAUUUAUUUAAGUGAAAUUGUAACAUACCAGAGUUAAACUGCAUAUUUUGGUGUAGCAUUUUAUACCUUAGUUUUACACUCAAAAUCUUGGUUUUACCCACACUAUCUCAGACAUACACUCGCUACUUCAGUGGUCCCCAACAUCUCAGUGUUACGCUACAUACCCAGAGAAAAUAGUUCGCCUCCAGCCGCCAUGUUUAGCGGCAAGCGUGUUUCUAUUUUGUUUGCCAAGAUUUGUUGAUGUUUAGAAGAGAAAUCCUGCAGGCUCAAUUCACAACCCCCAAAUUUCCAGCUAAACAAAUACGGCAACACAUUGGGUCUCAACAAUAUAGAACUAAAAUUAUGUGUUUAAACUCUCAAAAUAUGUCCCUAAACGUUACCCCCAAUUUUUUUUUUUUUUUGUUUCUUUAAGAAAAUCCAGUCGUGAUAAAUUCCGACUUCUCGAUGUAGACAAUUGUCCCCCUUGAUGUAUUUGUGUUGUAUUUAUGUUAUGUUGUAUUUAUGUUGUGUUGUAUUUAUGUUGUUGACAUCUUUUUCUUUUGACCAUUCAUGUAAUCGCAUAUUUGUCAAUAAUUAAGAGCGUUCAGCUUCACGGUUUCUAAGACACAACUCUCGACCUACAUUGUCUGUUGACUAAAUCAGACCUACAUUGUCUGUUGACUAAAUCAGACCUACAUUGUCUGUUGACUAAAUCAGACCUACAUUGUCUGUUGACUAAAUCAGACCUACAUUGUCUGUUGACUAAAUCAGACCUACAUUGUAUGUUGACUAAAUCAGACCUACAUUGUCUGUUGACUAAAUCAGACCUACAUUGUAUGUUGACUAAAUCAGACCUACAUUGUCCAAAUCAGACCUACAUUGUCUGUUGACUAAAUCAUACCUACAUUGUCUAUUGACUAAAUCAGACCUACAUUGUCUGUUGACUAAAUCAUACCUACAUUGUCUGUUGACUAAAUCAGACCUACAUUGUCUGUUGACUAAAUCAGACCUACAUUGUCCAAAGCAGACCUACAUUGUCUGUUGGCUAAAUCAGACCUACAUUGUCUAUUGACUAAAUCAGACAACUUUAAAAAAACAACAACUGGUUUUAAUGAUGGAGUGCACUGUAGGUCCCAUUGAAGAUCAUCUAUAAAUCUAUUUCCAGGUAAAUUUCUAACAUUUCAAAUUGGUACCAUUUCGUUUGGUAGACACGUGUUUAAGACUGUGUCCGAGUGCAAGUUUCAUUACAAGCUACAUCUAAGGCGACCGGGUAAUCUUAUAAUAAAAUAAUUCUAAAAUAAGAUACACGGAGAACAUUAAAAUAAGAUAGACGUAGAACUUCAAAAUAGGAUACACGGAUGACAUCAAAAAUAAGAUACAAAGCACGUUUUGUCCUGAACCGCUACAGGACUACCUCUAGUGUUGGCAGCAUGCUGGAAACACUGGACUGGUCACCAUUGGAGGAGUGACGACGACCAUCCAGACUCUCCAUGAUAAAUUAUGGUCUGGUCCACUGUUCCAGUAUUUAACAGAAACUCGUCCCUCUCAUUUAGCGAGCCCCAAAUAGGAUAUCCGUAGAAGUCCGAGUCUCCUUAUAGGAAGUCGUUUUAGAAACUCUGUUCUUUUUAUAAGUGUAUCCUGCUCGGAGCCUAACAGGUUCAAGAAUCUUUCUAAUGUUAAACAUUUUUUUUUAAAUUGCUGCAUCGCUUAAACUAUGAGAUACGAUUUGAAAUAAUCUGUUCAACAAGUUGCGCUCAGAAAACUUAAGCCGGCUGAUCUUAUUUCGAGACCAUUCCUUACACUGGGCCACUUUGUUCUAAAGCUGUUGGUUCUGUCUGAUACCCACUUUGUUCUAAAGCUGUUGGUUCUGUCUGAUACCCACUUUGUUCUAAAGAUGUUUGUUCUGUCUGAUACCCACUGUGUUCUAAAGAUGUUUGUUCUGUCUGAUACCCACUUUGUUCUAAAGCUGUUGGUUCUGUCUGAUACCCACUUUGUUCUAAAGCUGCCAGUUCUGUCUGACACCCACUUUGUUCUAAAGCUGCCAGUUCUGUCUGACACCCACUUUGUUCUAAAGCUGCCAGUUCUGUCUGAUACCAACUCUAUUCAUCUCUCAAUCCCCAGGUUGUGCUAGAGCCGAGGCUGAGACGCUCUAGCAGCAUGGCUUUAUCUCUUAUUUUAUGAUUUCUCGCCGGUGCUGAGAGCACAAAAGUAGCGUCGUCACAAUUAGCGAGGGGCGAACUGGUGUCAGAUUUAACAAAUACACUUUCACGUCAAGGUGGCUGAUUCUCAAACUAUCACAAAAUGUUUGUUAAUAAGACACAGGCAAGGGUGCGGGCGGGCAGCCCAACUAUUCAGGACUUGUUCGACAGUAAGACUAAGUCGUCUGCUUCGCUUCAAUAUUUUACAUUUGUUUUUAUCGUGUGGCAAACACGAGUUACGCCCAUGUAGGAGAUGAAGGUCUCGCGGUCACGUGAUGUUAGGGUGAGGUUCAGAUAAUGUUUCAUUCACCGGCGCGCCGGGUCAUCACAACAUGACCACGUUGUUUACACUCACGCCCACGGGGUGUCAAUGGCUUAGCCGUCAGUUGUGGCACCCGACACUCAUGCCGGGUGGCGCCACACACGGCUUGUGGUAUUUGUGGCGCCCGACACGCGUGCUAGGUGGUGCCACACACAGCAUGUGGUAGAUGUGGCACCCGACACUCAUGCCGGGUGGCGCCACACACGGCUUGUGGUAUUUGUGGCGCCCGACACUCGUGCUAGUUGGUGCCAUACACAGCUUGUGGUAGAUAUGGUACCCGACACACAUGAUGGGUGGCGCCACACACUGCUUGUGGUAGAUAUGGCACCCCGACUCAUUCUGCUUGAGGUAACAGAUUAUGUGCUGUCUCUAAUUGAUAGGCUAUCGAUCCCAAAUUAAUAAAGUGAUAAACGUUAUUUGAUUAGGGGCUGAACCUGAAAAUGAGAGGGGGCUGAACUCUGCGACUUAUUCCUUAUAGUGUACAAGGUGUCCCUGAAAAUGAGAGGGGGCUGAACUCUGCGACUUAUUCCUUAUAGUGUACAAGGUGUCCCUGAAAAUGACAGGGGGCUGAACUCUGCGACUUACUCCUUAUAGUGUACAAGGUGUCCCUGAAAAUGACAGGGGGGCUGAACUCUGCGACUUAUCCCUUAUAGUGUACAAGGUGUCCCUGAAAAAUGACAGGGGGCUGAACUCUGCGACUUAUUCCUUAUAGUGUACAAGGUGUACCUGAAAAUGAGAGGGAGCUGAACUCUGCGACUUAUUCCUUAUAAUGUACAAGGUGUCCCUGAAAAUGAGAGGGAGCUGAACUCUGCGACUUAUUCCUUAUAGUGUACAAGGUGUCCCUGAAAAUGAGAAGGAGCUGAACUCUGCCACUUAUUCCUUAUAGUGUACAAGGUGUCCCUGAAAUGAGAGGGAGCUGAACUCUGCGACUUAUUCCUUAUAGUGUACAAGGUGUCCCUGAAAAUGAGAGGGAGCUGAACUCUGCGACUUAUUCCUUAUAGUGUACAAGGUGUCCCUGAAAAUGAGAGGGAGCUGAACUCUGCGACUUAUUCCUUAUAGUGUACAAGGUGUCCCUGAAAAUGAGAGGGAGCUGAACUCUGCGACUUAUUCCUUAUAGUGUACAAGGUGUCCCUGAAAAUGAGAGGGAGCUGAACUCUGCGACUUAUUCCUUAUAGUGUACAAGGGGUCCCUGAAAAUGUGUCUAGAGACUUCUCUGACUCUCACUCCGACUCAGUCUCUGAGGUAUUUCAAUGCAAAACAUUUGGUGGCAUGUCUUUUAGUUUUAGUGGCAUUUCUUUAGUGGCAUUUCUUUUGAAGUCAUUUCUUUUGGGGGUAUUUCUUUAGUGGCAUUCGUUUUAUCUUUUGAGUUAAAGAUGUCUGCAAACACUACAGUUUCAGCCUUGCUCUCAUCACAGAAUAUUGACCAUCAGAUUAAAAUCCUUUUAAGUUUGAGCAUUGCUCUUAUCAGAGCCUAGUGACCAUCAGAGUACAGUCUGUCUGCAAACACUACAGUUUGAGCAUUGCCCUCAUCACAGCCUAGUGACCAUCAGAGUACAGUCUGUCUGCAAACACUACAGUUUGAGCAUUGCCCUCAUCACAGCCUAGUGACCAUCAGAGUACAGUCUGUCUGCAAACACUACAGUUUGAGCAUUGCCCUCAUCACAGCCUAGUGACCAUCAGAUUACAGUCUGUCUGCAAACACUACAGUUUGAGCAUUGCCCUCAUCACAGCCUAGUGACCAUCAGAUUACAGUCUCUCUGCAAACACUACAGUUUGAGCACUGCCCUCAUCACAGCCUUGUGACCAUCAGAUUACAGCCUGUCUGCUGACACUACCGUUUGAAAGGCCAUGUUUUUGUUACUCACUCACCGUUGUGCUAGACCUCAAUGUUGACAAAGGAAUGCCACAAGCAUCAGACGUCAGUAACAACAUUCCGAUCACAAAUCUGCCCCAGGGAGAUUAAACAUUGGAGGGCUGUGGCGAGGCCUGUGGCGCAUUCGUUCCCCGUCUGCUAGUGUAUUUUUACUUGAUCUCCUGUUCUUCAACUACAUCUUGUGACCUUCUUACAGGUUGAUUCUGAUACAACCUACCCUUUAUCUGAUACAACCUACCCUUUACCUGAUACAACCUACCCUUUAUCUGAUACAACCUACCCUUUACCUGAUACAACCUACCCUUCGUCUGAUACAACCUACCCUUUAUCUGAUACAACCUACCCUUUAACUGAUACAACCUACCCUUUAUCUGAUACAACCUACCCUUUAUCUGAUACAACCUAUCCCUUAUCUGAUUAUAAAAGUGUUGGACUGAGAUAAAGCUUUUAAAUAAAUUAACAAUUUGUGUCAAUAUAACAAUAUAUGUUAAGCUUUAAUAACAGUUUUACAUACUUUACAAGUCAAAAUUUCGGGGAAUUCCUUCAUCAGUGUAACAACAAAACAUUUAAAUAAGUCUAAAUUAAAUUGACAUCAUAUGUAGAUAGGCCUUCAUCUAUCCUACCUAAAAAAAAGAACACAAAUAAGAACAGUUAUAUGUAAAAAAAAAUCUAGUACUAAAAAGGUCAAAAAUACAGGUACAAAUAUAUAGCAGCAGUCAGAAUUAAAUUUAAUCAACUGAUUAUAAAGUGUUGGACUGCGAUAAAGCUGUAAAAUAAAUAAAUUGACGCGAACAAAUUAUUAUCGAAGCUUAACAUAUAGUGUUGUAUUGACACAAAUUGUUCACGUCUGAUAAAUUUAUUUUAAAGCUUAUCACAGUCCAACACUUGUAUAAUUAGUUAAUUAAAUUUAAUUCUGAGUGCUACUAUAUAUCUGUACCUAUUUUAACUACUAGACUAAUUCAACAUAUAAGUGUACCUAUUUUUUUCUAUUUUUUAGGUAGGAUCUAUGUAUGCACAAAUUAAGUUAAUGUAAUGUAUACAUUUAAAUGUUUUGCCCUUAUCUGAUUCAACUUACUCUCCCCCGCCGCCCGCCCCCCCCCCCUUAUACAUGCGACCGAUUACAAUUGUGUUUCUUUUUAGAUUUAUUUAUUAUCUGACUCUGUCAUCACCUGCCAUCACCUGCCAUUACCUGCCAUAACUUGCCAUCACCUGCCUUUCCCUACCAUCGCAUAGCAUUACCUGCCAUCACCUGCCAUUGCCUGCCAUUACUUGCCAUCAUGCGCCUUUCCCUACCAUCGCAUAGCAUUACCUGCCAUCACCUGCUAUUACCUGCCAUUACUUGCCAUCACCUGCCUUUCCCCACCAUCGCAUAGCAUUACCUGCCAUCACCUGCUAUUACCUGCCAUUACUUGCCAUCACCUGCCUUUCCCCACCAUCGCAUAGCAUUACCUGCCAUCACCUGCUUUUACCUGUCGUCACUUGCCAUCACCUGCCAUACCUGCCAUCAACUGCCAUUACCCGCCGUCCCUUGCCGUCAACUGCCAUCACCUGCCAUCACCUGCAUUUACCUGACAUCAUCUGCCAUAACCUGCCAUUAUCUACCAUCAUCUGCCAUCACCUGCAUUACCUGCCAUCAUCUGCCAUCAUCUGCCAUCACCUGACAUCACCUGCCAUUACCUGCCAUCAUCUGCCAUCACCUGCCAUCACCUGCCAUCACCUGCCAUCACCUGCCAUCAUCUGCCAUCACCUGCCAUCACCUGCCAUCAUCUGCCAUCACCGGCCAUCACCUGCCAUCACCUGCCAUCACCUGCCAUUACCUGCCAUCACCUGCCAUCACCUGCCAUUACCUGCCAUCAUCUGCCAUCACCUGCCAUCACCUGCCAUUACCUGCCAUCACCUGCCAUUACCUGCCAUCAUCUGCCAUCACCUGCCAUUACCUGCCAUCAUCUGUCAUCACCUGCCAUUACCUGCCAUCAUCUGCCAUCAUCUGCCAUCAUACAUCCCCUGCCAUCUUCUGUCAUCACCUGCCAUUACCUGCCAUCAUCUGCCAUCACCUGCCAUUACCUGCCAUCAUCUGCCAUUACCUGCCAUCAUCUGCCAUCACCUGCCAUUACCUGCCAUCUUCUGCCAUCACCUGCCAUUACCUGCCAUCAUCUGCCAUCACCUGCCAUUACCUGCCAUCAUCUGUCAUCACCUGCCAUCACCUGCAAUUACCUGCCAUCACCUGCCAUUACCUGCCAUCAUCUGCCAUCACCUGCCAUUACCUGCCAUCAUCUGUCAUCACCUGCCAUUACCUGCCAUCAUCUGCCAUCAUCUGCCAUCAUCUGCCAUCACCUGCCAUUACCUGCCAUCUUCUGCCAUCACCUGCCAUUACCUGCCAUCAUCUGCCCUUGGGCCUAAAUCGGCAAUAAAUUUAGUUUGACUUUUACAAACACUCCAGCGUUGUCUGUACUAGCACACAGCAAAAUUAACUUGAGAAAUGGCUGCUGCAUCAGACGUCUCACAUAUCAAUUAUCCUGACAAAUGUCUGUUUAGACCAGACUUCUCACAUAUAAAUUAUCCUGACAAAUGUCUGUUACAUCAGACUUCUGACAUAUAAAUUAUCCUGACGAAUGUCUGUCUCAUCUGACUUCUCACAUAUAAAUUAUCCUGACGAAUGUGUGUCUCAUCUGACUUCUCACAUAUAAAUUAUCCUGACGAAUGUCUGCUACAUCAGACUUUUCACAUAAAAAUUAUCUUGACAAAUGUCUGCUACAUCAGACUUUUCACAUAUAAAUUAUCUGGACAAAUGUCUGUUAGACCAGACUUCUCACAUAGAAAUUGUCCUGACAAAUGCCUGUCAGACCAGAUGCCCUUCAAAAUCGCAAGUAAUAAUAAACAUCUGAUGCCUGUAGCGGGGAAAUGGAAGUUCACCCCCCCCCAAACUCCCUGGUCCAACCCUCUACCUUGCGUCCCUCCCCAACCACCACAUUCCCUCCCCUCAAGCUGCCCCCAUCCUUCCAUUGUUAUGAUACAUCUUGACACCAGGAAAUGGCAGUCGUAUCACCUCUGGAGUGAAAUAUUAUUCUUUGCUCCAUCGGCUCUCACACGAUUGAGUAUAAAAUGAUGGCUUUCCGAUGGCCUUCCAAGCCUUGAAGUGUCAAUCAGAAAUUUUACCAAGGGAACUUUCCACGCCCCGUUGUCAUAUCCUAACUAGUAACAUGCUAACCUGACGCCCCAACGCCCCGGGGACUCGGCGCCUCCCUCACACAUCAAUUAUGAAGACAAAGUCAUGCAGUAAAACGAAGUAGCAUUUUAACAUAUAUUAUGAGCCGAAUAGUCAGUGUCUGUUGAUGGGAGUCAAGUUAUGAGGACAUAUGCUCGUUACAUAACUGUCCAUAACCUCAAUCUGUAUCCCCUGAAGAUUCAUGAACUAAAUAUUCAUGACAUGUUAGUACUCCACCGACUGAAGUCCCACUCAAACAUGCUGAAAUGUGUCAUUGUUUUUGUCAAAAGUAUCGCACCGAAAUGACAGUUGUCUCGGACGAUGAUUGUGACAGUUGUCUCGGACGAUGAUUGUGACAGUUGUCUCGGACGAUGAUUGUAACAGUUGUCUCUGACGAUGAUUGUAACAGUUGUCUCUGACAAUGAUUGUAACAGUUGUCUCUGACGAUGAUUGUAACAGUUGUCUCUGACAAUGAUUGUAACAGUUGUCUCUCAUGAUGAUUGUGACAGUUGUCUCUAACGAUGAUUGUGACAGUUGUCUCUGACGAUGAUUGUGACAGUUGUCUUGACGAUGAUUGUGACAGUUGUCUCUGACGAUGAUUGUGACAGUUGUCUUGACGAUGUUUGUGACAGUUGUCUCUAACGAUGUUUGUGACAGGAUGGCUGUGUUUGAGCCCUUUCAUUAACACACCUAUCAAACUAAAUGCUUGUACUCUCUAUUCUAAUUGUUUUAAACGAGAUCUUGUUUACCGAUCAAAUCCAAGUCACAAAUAAUUGAUGGUCCUGGACUUAUUAUCUAGAGUUGUCAAUACAAUUUCAUAGAAGUGUAGCUUAACAUUAAGUUAAAAAUAAGUUAGUGGAAUGCAUUAAUACAACCUAAAUAAAGAUUUGGUUUGGCCCUGGGGGUGGGGGUGUAACUUAAUGCAGUCAUUUAAGUCCGGCAUUUAUUUGGUGAAUAAGACAUACACACACUCAUUUCACUCAUCGAAUUAAAUCGUUUGGAUUGUAGCACGUGAUUUGUUAUGUGAACAUAUAAAAAAGAAACUCUCUAAUGACAUACAUAUUACGCUUUUCAUAUUAAAUAUUACAGAAUCUACAUAGUUUUAAAACGUGUUAAAUAACUGUUGACAGUCAUGAUUAACUUUAAUUAAGUAACGAUUUUUAAAAAAAAAUAGAUUUAAAAAAAAAAAACCGACGUGCCUUGGUGUGUGAGAACCGCUGGCCUAACCCACAUGGAAGCCGUUGCACCAUAUGGUAUCACCGAUGAUGUCACUUUGCUUGAUUCAAAGCACAUGUCGAGGUGCUCAUGGGAACGGAGAGGCGAAUAGGAGUCGGGUCUUUUGGGCCAUCAUCAAGAGCAGUGUCUGAAUUAUUAGUUUCACGUGAGCCACGUUCUGAACAAAGCCUAGCGGUGGACCAGGUCUGGCCAGAGGUGCAUGCAACAAUCGCGACAUGUCAGUGAGUGGGCGGGCAUCUGGGCUCGUCUGCCCGAGUCCGUGGGAACUUUGUGAGACAAUAGUUUACCUUCAUUCAAACUCAAUCAUGAUUGUAUAAACUGGAAAUAGCGAGAAGCGGCUCGAGUGGGCAUAAAUUUGGAAUCGGGGGUCAAGAAAUGUGGCCGUUAUAUGCAGCCUGAUUUUAGCAUUAAAAAUGUUUUGCAUGGAAUCCAGAAUAACAAAAUAAGAUGUGUAUCAAAAGUUAAAUAAUAGCAGCAGGGGCAAAAAGUCUUACGUGGAUCAGGAAAGCAGUCAAUACAAAAUAUUGUACGUAGCUAUUUGUAUCUAGUUUAAUCUAUUUUUAUUGGACAUUUCCAGGUUCAAGGCCAAGUUAACAACCUGACAGCCAGCAUGCACUCAGCAGACCACGACUGGGCCCAACAUCCCGCCAGGGGCGCCAACGACUCGCCCUACUCCAACAAUGGGGCGUACCAGGGCGUCAACAUCAACCAGAACAUCCCUCCACCCAACGCAGUGUACAGACACGCCCCUGACAAGCCCCAGUCUUACGGCGAGUCACAUCUGAGGUUCCCAAGCGAUGGACUUAACCCUUUGCCGAUGCACCGACCGCAGCACAACGAGCGAGUGCCCUUGUACGAUCACAUCAACAGGGCCAGGUCAUCCAUAGAAGUCAGGGACCGCGCGGGGCCGCCCUUUUACGAUCAGCGGCUUGUCAACCCCUUAGCGGACGUGGAGGGCAUUCAAAGAAACAUUAGGAAUUCUGCUGAACAACUCGGAGGCGUCCAUUUCAGAAACAUUGGUGUGGGUAACCAUGAGCUAGAUAUGGGCGUUGUGGACAGGCACGCCCUGGGCGUGGUGGAGAGCGAAGACAACGCAAACAAAGCUGAUUUUAUGCCUCGUUUUGGACCGACAAGUUUUGGAAUGGAUAGCGCGCGGGUACCUCGAAGUGCGCCGGUGGAGAGCUCGGAGUUUAGAGCGGAUCCACGAGACGGGACCAGCGUGGAUUCCGAUAUUUUGAGGCGGGUCAACGCAAGUUUUGAAUAUGUGAAAUACUUUCACGAACGUUUGAAGUCGGCCGAGAUUCUAAGUGGACAGCCUUAUAAGACGGAGUACGAGUUGAUUCCGUUCAACCGGUUUAUUUAUAACAGGAUCUACAUGGUGGACCCGGGACUCGGGAAACGUGUCGUGGAGAAGCCGAUUGGCUCCAAGAAGAAAGACCUCAAUGAGAUCUUGUACCACGCCGUGGAGUCUCUCAACAACAACCGGACAGAGGCGUUUCAGUACAGCUACGAUGACUUUGUCGAGGGCGUGUACCGGACGGACCCCGCCUGGGGCUCGCACUACGAGCUGUACUUCAUCAACAAGGAUGACUCGAAGAGGCACAACUCUUACGUCAAACUUUCUGUCUUCCGUCCCUUUGCGCCUCCGAUGACGGUCUCCCAGAACGUGAUCACCACCGGCCCGGAGUGGAUCAACAUCAUCCUGCCGUUAUCCAAGCGCGUGGAGACGUUCCGGCAGUUCAUGGAGCAGUUUGUCCGCGUCUGCAUCAAGCACGACAAGCGGAUCUACCUCACCGUGGUCUACUUUGGACCGGAAGGCCUCAAGGAGGUCAAGAGCAUCAUGGGUCACGUGGCCAAAGCCAAUAAGUUCAAACACAUGAAGCUCGUGACGCUGAACGAGACUUUCGCCAGGGGGCGUGGCCUUCAGAUCGGGGCGCUCAACUGGAAAGGUGGCGGGGACGUGCUCAUGUUCUUUUGUGACGUGGACAUCGUCUUCUCCCCGGAGUUUUUAGAGCGGUGCCGGUUAAACUCCGAACGAGGCCAGCGCGUGUACUACCCCAUAGUGUUCAGCCUUUACAACCCGAAGAUUGUCUACUCCUUACAAGACGUCGCCAUGCCACCCUUCCAAGACCAGCUGGUCCUGUCUAAAGACACCGGGUUUUGGCGGGACUUUGGCUACGGCAUGACCUGCCAGUACCGGUCAGAUUUCUUGAAAAUUAAAGGCUUCGACGAGCAGAUCACGGGGUGGGGUGGGGAGGAUGUCUUUUUGUACCAGAAAUUCGUGCGCAGCGAUUACUUCGUCGUCCGCGCGACAGAUCCCGCAAUAUUCCACUUGUGGCACGAGAAGUUCUGCGACCCCACGCUGACGGCCGAGCAGUACAAAAGCUGCAUACGCUCCAAGGCCCUCAACGAGGCCUCGCACGCUCAGCUGGGACUACUGGCCUUCAAAGAUGAAAUUGAUGUCCACAGGGGAGUGAGCGAGAGAAACAGUUUGUUGUCUCGUGGCGGC